AGUCUGACUGAUGUUCUAAACUACGGCCUGUUCCAACCGGCCUUCAACGGACGAGCUGGGAAGUUCCUAGACGAGGAACGACUGCUGAAAGACUACCCUCUACCCCCCAUCACUCCUAUUCCCUACCUAGAGGUACCCUCUACCCCCCAUCACUCCUAUUCCCUACCUAGAGGUACCCUCUACCCCCCAUCACUCCUAUUCCCUACCUAGAGGUACCCUCUACCCCCAUCACUCCUAUUCCCUACCUAGAGGUACCCUCUACCCCCCAUCACUCCUAUUCCUACCUAGAGGGUACCCUCUACCCCCCAUCACUCCUAUUCCAACCUAGAGGUACCCUCUACCCCCCCAUCACUCCUAUUCCCUACCUAGAGGACCCUCUAACCCCCCAUCACUCCUAUUCCCUACCUAGAGGUACCCUCUACCCCCCAUCACUCCUAUUCCCUACCUAGAGGUACCCUCUACCCCCCCCAUCACUCCUAUUCCCUACCUAGAGGUACCCUCUACCCCCCCAUCACUCCUAUUCCCUACCUAGAGGUACCCUCUACCCCCCAUCACUCCUAUUACCCCGACCUAGAGGUACCCUCUACCCCCCCAUCACUCCUAUUCCCUACCUAGAGGUACCCUCUACCCCCCAUCACUCCUAUUCCCUACCUAGAGGUACCCUCUACCCCCCCAUCACUACUAUUCCCUACCUAGAGGUACCCUCUACCCCCAUCACUCCUAUUCCCCUACCCUAGAGGUACCCCUCUACCCCCAAUCACUACUAUUCCCUACCUAGAGGUACCCUCUACCCCCCAUCACUCCUAUCCCUACCUAGAGGUACCUCUACCCCCCAUCACUCCUAUUCCCUACAUAGAGGUACCCCUCUAGCCCCCAUCACUCCUAUUCCCUACCUAGAGGUACCCUCUACCCCCCAUCACUCCUAUUCCCUACCUAGAGGUACCCUCUACCCCCCAUCACUCCUAUCCCUACCUAGAGGUACCCUCUACCCCCAUCACUCCUAUUCCCUACCUAGAGGUACCCUCUACCCCCCAUCACUCCUAUUCCCUACCUAGAGGUACCCUCUACCCCCAUCACUCUAUUCCCUACCUAGAGGUAACCCUCUACCCCCCAUCACUCCUAUUCCCUACACUAGAGGUACCCUCUACCCCCCAUCACUCCUAUUCCCUACCUAGAGGUACCCUCUACCCCCCAUCACUCCUAUUCCCUACCUAGAGGUACCCUCUACCCCCAUCACUCCUAUUCCCUACCUAGAGGUACCCUCUACCCCCCAUCACUCCUAUUCCCUACCUAGAGGUACCCUCUACCCCCCAUCAUCCUAUUCCCUACCUAGAGGUACCCUCUACCCCCAUCACUCCUAUUCCCUACCUAGAGGUACCCUCUACCCCCCAUCACUCCUAUUCCCUACCUAGAGGUACCCUCUAACCCCCCAUCACUCCUAUUCCCUACCUAGAGGUACCCUCUACCCCCCAUCACUCCUAUUCCCUACCUAGAGGUACCCUCUACCCCCCAUCACUCCGAUUCCCUACUAGAGGUACCCUCUACCCCCCAUUCACUCCUAUUCCCUACCUAGAGGUACCCUCUACCCCCCAUCACUCCUAUUACCCUACCUAGAGGUACCCUCUACCCCCCAUCACUCCUAUUCCCUACCUAGAGGUACCCUCUACCCCCCACAUCCUGAUCCCUACCUUCGAGGUACCCUCUUACCCCCAUCAUCCUAUUCCCUACCUAGAGGUACCCUCUACCCCCCAUCACUCCUAUUCCCUACCUAGAGGUACCCUCUACCCCCCAUCACUCCUAUUCCCUACCUAGAGGUACCCUCUACCCCCCAUCACUCCUAUUCCCUACCUAGAGGUACCCUCUACCCCCCAUCACUUCCUAUUCCCUACCUAGAGGUACCCUCUACCCCCCAUCAUCCUAUUCCCUACCUAGAGGUACCCUCUACCCCCCCAUCACUCCUAUUCCCUACCUAGAGGGUACCCUCUACCCCCCAUCACUCCUAUUCCCUACCUAGAGGUACCCUCUACCCCCCAUCACUCCUAUCCCUACCUAGAGGUACCCUCUACCCCCCAUCACUCCUAUUCCCUACCUAGAGGUACCCUCUACCCCCAUCACUCCUAUUCCCUACCUAGAGGUACCCUCUACCCCCAUCACUCCUAUUCCCUACCUAGAGGUACCCUCUACCCCCCAUCACUCCUAUUCCCUACCUAGAGGUACCCUCUACCCCCCCAUCACUCCUAUUCCCUACCUAGAGGUACCCUCUACCCCCCAUCACUCCUAUUCCCUACCUAGAGGUACCCUCUACCCCCAUCACUCCUAUUCCCUACCUAGAGGUACCCUCUACCCCCCAUCACUCCUAUUCCCUACCUAGAGGUACCCUCUACCCCCCAUCACUCCUAUUCCCUACCUAGAGGUACCCUCUACCCCCCAUCACUCCUAUUCCCUACCUAGAGGUACCCCUACCCCCAUCACUCCUAUUCCCUACCUAGAGGUAAACCCUUACCCCCAUCACUCCUAUUCCCUACCUAGAGGUACCCUCUACCCCCCAUCACUCCUAUUCCCUACCUAGAGGUACCCUCUACCCCCCAUCACUCCUAUUCCCUACCUAGAGGUACCCUCUACCCCCAUCACUCCUAUUCCCUACCUAGAGGUACCCUCUACCCCCAUCACUCCUAUUCCCUACCUAGAGGUACCCUCACCCCCAUCACUCUAUUCCCUACCUAGGUACCCUCUACCCCCAUCACUCCUAUUCCCUACCUAGAGGUACCUCUACCCCCCAUCACUCCUAUUCCCUACCUAGAGGUACCCUCUACCCCCCCAUCACUCCUAUUCCCUACCUAGAGGUACCCUCUACCCCCAUCACUCCUAUUCCCUACCUAGAGGUACCCUCUACCCCCCAUCACUCCUAUUCCCUACCUAGAGUACCCUCUACCCCCAUCAACUCCUAUUCCCUACCUAGAGGUACCCUCUACCCCCCAUCACUCCUAUUCCCUACCUAGAGGUACCUUCUACCCCCCAUCACUCCUAUUCCCUACCUAGAGGUACCCUCUACCCCCAUCACUCCUAUUCCCUACCUAGAGGUUACCCUCUACCCCCCCCCAUCACUCCUAUUCCCUACCUAGAGGUACCCUCUACCCCCCAUCACUCCUAUUCCCUACCUAGAGGUACCCUCUACCCCCCAUCACUCCUAUUCCCUACCUAGAGGUACCCUCUACCCCCAUCACUCCUAUUCCCUACCUAGAGGUACCCUCUACCCCCAUCACUCCUAUUCCUACCUAGAGGUACCCUCUACCCCCCCCAUCACUCCUAUUCCCUACCUAGAGGUACCCUCUACCCCCCAUCACUCCUAUUCCCUACCUAGAGGUACCCUCUACCCCCCCAUCACUCCUAUUCCCUACCUAGAGGUACCCUCUACCCCCCAUCACUCCUUUCCUACCUAGAGGUACCCUCUACCCCCAUCACUCCUAUUCCCUACCUAGAGGUACCCUCUACCCCCCAUCACUCCUAUUCCCUACCUAGAGGUACCCUCUACCCCAACACACCAUACGUACACCCUACAACCUACACCCUAUACCAUGCAUACACCCUACAACCUACACACUACACCCUAUACCAUACAUACACCCUACAACCUACACACUACGCCCUAUACCAUACAAACACCCUACACCCUACACACUACACCCUAUACCAUACAUACACCCUACACCCUACACACUACACCCUAUACCAUACAUACACCCUACACCCUACACCCUACACACUAUGCUCUAUACCAUACAUACACCCUACACCUACACACUACGACCUAUAACAUACAUACACCCUACAACCUACACACUACACCCUAUACCAUACAUACACCCUACAACCUACACACUACACCCUAUACCAUACAUACACCCUACAACCUACACACUAUACCCUAUACCAUACAUACACCCUACAACCUACACACUAUACUCUAUACCAUACAUACACCCUACACCCUACACACUACGCCCUAUACCAUACAUACACCCUACACCCUACAACCUACACACUACACCCUAUACCAUACAUACACCCUACACCCUACACCCUACACACUACGCCCUAUACCAUACAUACACCCUACAACCUACACACUACACCCUAUACCAUACAUACACCCUACACCCUACACCCUACACACUACGCCCUAUACCAUACAUACACCCUACAACCUACACACACCAAACCAAAAACUAUAAAUGUUGAAACUGUUAAAAAAAAUCACUAAUUGGGUUGUUUGUGUUUGUGUGUGGCUGUUUGUGUUUGUUUGUGUGUGGCUGUUUGUGUGUGUGUGUGUGUGUGUGGCUGUUUGUGUGUGUUUGUUUGUGUGUGUGUGUGUGUGUGUGUGUGUGUGUGUGUGUGUGUGUGUGUGUGUGUGUGUGUGUGUGUGUGUGUGUGUGUGUGUGUGUGUGUGUGUGUGAGUCAUUGUAGUUUCGCUAUAAGAGGCGUGUUUACACUCAGAGCUAUGUGGACGACAAGCAGCUAGCAAAGCUCCAUACCAAGGUAAGACCAUACACACACGUGCCAGCCCUACUCUCGCUCUCCCUCUCCUUUCUCUGUCUCUCAAGCCAACCUUUAGAAGUUGAUGGAGUAUGUAUCUGUUUCUCAGGCCAACCUAAAGAAGUUUAUGGAGUAUGUCUACCAGCGCAACGUUGACAAAGUCUCCAGGUUCUUGGAGAAAGGCCUUGAUCCUAAUUUUCAUGAUGCUGACACAGGAGGUGAGGAAACACACACACACACAGAAUCACACACUGAAUUAUGUCCAUCACUCAUCACUAAGCCUCAGUGUUUUUAUAGCUGAAAGUGUGUGUGUGUGUGUGUGUGUGUGUGUGUGUGUGUGUGUGUGUGUGUGUGUGUGUGUGUGUGUGUGUGUGUGUGUGUGUGUGUGUGUGUGUGUGUGUGUGUGUGUGUGUGUGUGUGUGUGUGUGUGUGUGUGUGUGUAUAGAAUGCCCCCUAACCCUGGCGGUACAGCUAGAGGGCAGUGCAGAACUGAUUAAAAUUCUGAGGAGUGGAGGAGCUCACCUGGACUUCAGGACUAGAGACGGAAUCACAGCGCUGCACAGAGCUGUUCUCUCUAGGAACCACACAGCACUCACAGUGAGUACGCCACACAGCACUCACAGUGAGUACGCACACACACAUGCAUACACACCCCUGUGUGUUUUUGUUUUAAGCGUAAUGUGUGUGUUGCAGACUGUGUUGGCCCUGGGUGCAUCUCCAGACUAUAGGGACAGUCGUGGGUUAACUCCUUUGUACCACUGUGCCAUGGUGGGGGGAGACCCGUACUGCUGUGAACUGCUGCUACAUGAACACGCUGUCAUAGGCAGCACCGACGAGAAUGGCUGGCAGGAGAUACACCAGGUAACACACACACCAAGGUUAUUAUAGUUCUGUUGUUAUUUCUAUUAGUUCAUAUUUUGAUUUGAAGUUUAGUUUCAGUUCGUUUUCAAAUCCACUUGACUAGUUUGUAAUUAGUUUGAGUUGUAUCAUUUCUAUUUAGUUUUAGUGUAAGGUUCGGGACAGAAAGUAGCCUAUGGGAAGAUCUCAACUCCUCGCGUCCUCUCUCCUCAGCUCCUUCUCAAAACCCAUUGGAUGAGAAGCCAGAGGUCUCUCCCCUCUCACUUUCUCCUCCAAUGGGUUUUGUGUGGGAGGCUAGGAGCCAUUUAUGUGUGGAAUAGUUUUGGUGUUUUGGGGAUGUCACUUCUUGCCACUGUGGGGCAGUAAUGCAGAAGGUGAUGGGUCAGUUCAGAGGUCAGAGGUUAGAUUAUGGUUUAAAGGUAGACUCAGCAAGAUGACAUAGACCCGUGGUCACCAACCCGAUUGAUCGUGAUCGACUGGUUGAUCUCCGUAGACCAGUGGUCACCAACCGAUUGAUCGUGAUCGACUGGUUGAUCUCCGUAGACCAGUGGUCACCAACCGAUUGAUCGUGAUCGACUGGUUGAUCUCCGUAGACCAGUGGUCACCAACCGAUUGAUCGUGAUCGACUGGUUGAUCUCCGUAGACCAGUGGUCACCAACCGAUUGAUCGUGAUCGACUGGUUGAUCUCCGUAGACCAGUGGUCACCAACCGAUUGAUCGUGAUCGACUGGUUGAUCUCCGUAGACCAGUGGUCACCAACCGAUUGAUCGUGAUCGACUGGUUGAUCUCCGUAGACCAGUGGUCACCAACCGAUUGAUCGUGAUCGACUGGUUGAUCUCCGUAGACCAGUGGUCACCAACCGAUUGAUCGUGAUUGACUGGUUGAUCUCCGUAGACCAGUGGUCACCAACCGAUUGAUCGUGAUCGACUGGUUGAUCUCCGUAGACCAGUGGUCACCAACCGAUUGAUCGUGAUCGACUGGUUGAUCUCCAAGGCAUUCCUAGUCGAUCACCAAAGCCUUGCAUUCCUAUUGGUUGAUUUUUUUGUUUCUUGCUGUUCGCAGUAGGUGCACUUGAUUCAGCAGCCAUAGCACCGGGAAGGCAAAGUGUUCCCAUCUUGAAUCAUUUCAUGUCUGAAGGUAGAACUCCGCCUACCUGGCAGGCCCAGAGAGCAAAUCAAGUGCACCUAUAGGUCUACCGCUGGCCAAUCAGAUAGCUCAGAUCACCGUGUCUGCACAGUUUCCUCGAGUCAUAGACUGUAAAAAGAAGUCUCGAGCGCACAGCAAAGAUGAUACUGUCAGAAUUAAAAACAUGUAAAACCAUGACUAGAGAGACUCAACGAAUCCAGCAAAGAGCUGCUGUUUUUAUGUGGAAGUUCAUAUUUAAGUUGUUAUACAGCACUGUCAACACUUUGUUCAACACCUUUAUAAGCCAUAAAAUGCGCAUUCUCCCAACUUCCACACGCUAAAACCAGCACUGCAGCUGCAAUGACUGAGUAUAGCAAAGUGGUCCGAUAAGCUUUUUUAUUUUAUUUAUUUUUUAUUUAACCAGGUAAGCCAGUUGAGAACACGUUCUCAUUUACAACUGCGACCUGGCCAAGAUAAAGCAAAGCAGUGCGAUAAAAACAACAACACAGAGUUACAUAUGGGGUAAAACAAAACAUAAAGUCAAAAAAUACAACAGAAAAUAUAUAUACAGUGUGUGCGAAUGUAGUAAGUUAUGGAGGUAAGGCAAUAAAUAGGCCAUAGUGCAAAAUAAUUACAAUUAGUAUUAACACUGGAAUGAUAGAUGUGCAAAAGAUGAUGUGCAAAUAGAGAUACUGGGGUGCAAAUGAGCAAAAUAAAUAACAAUAUGGGGAUGAGGUAGUUGGGUGGGCUAAUUUCAGAUGGGCUGUGUACAGGUGCAGUGAUCGGUAAGCUGCUCUGACAACUGAUGCUUAAAGUUAGUGAGGGAGAUAAGAGUCUCCAACUUCAGAGAUUUUUGCAAUUGGUUCCAGUCAUUGGCAGCUUGUGUUGUUAUUAGAGGCUUUUGUCUUUUUUAAUGAAGGAAUAUUUCACUUUCUCUGCUCAUAGGAGUAACAACAUGAAUUAGUGCAUGAGGCAGAAAUAAUGCAGUGCGACUUGAGUUUUGCCAUCAACUGGAAGACUGUGUCCCCUUUUCUCAGCGGAGGGAAGGAUGGCAGAGGGACGAUGAGUCGGGUGAGAGGCAGCCUCAGCGCUGCUCCCUCUCUCCCCUCAGACUGACCAUCAGAUGCAGGCCAUCAGUCAGCCUCACCGCUGCUCCCUCCCUCCCCUCAGACUGACCAUCAGGCCAUCAGUCAGCCUCAGCGCUGCUCCCUCCCUCCCCUCAGACUGACCAUCAGGUCAUCAGUCAGCCUCACCGCUGCUCCCUCCCUCCCCUCAGACUGACCAUCAGGCCAUCAGUCAGCCUCACCGCUGCUCCCUCUCUCCCCUCAGACUGACCAUCAGGCCAUCAGGCAGCCUCACCGCUGCUCCCUCUCUCCUCUCAGACUGACCAUCAGAUGCAGGCCAUCAGUCAGCCUCAGCGCUGCUCCCUCCCUCCCCUCAGACUGACCAUCAGUCCAUCAGGCAGCCUCACCGCUGCUCCCUCCCUCCCCUCAGACUGACCAUCAGAUGCAGGCCAUCAGUCAGCCUCAGCGCUGCUCCCUCCCUCCCCUCAGACUGACCAUCAGUCCAUCAGGCAGCCUCACCGCUGCUCCCUCUCUCCCCUCAGACUGACCAUCAGAUGCAGGCCAUCAGUCAGCCUCAGCGCUGCUCCCUCCCUCCCCUCAGACUGACCAUCAGUCCAUCAGGCAGCCUCACCGCUGCUCCCUCCCUCCCCUCAGACUGACCAUCAGAUGCAGGCAGCCUCACCGCUGCUCCCUCUCUCCCCUCAGACUGACCAUCAGGCCAUCAGGCAGCCUCACCGCUGCUCCCUCUCUCCCCUCAGACUGACCAUCAGAUGCAGGCCAUCAGUCAGCCUCACCGCUGCUCCCUCUCUCCCCUCAGACUGACCAUCAGGCCAUCAGUCAGCCUCACCGCUGCUCCCUCUCUCCCCUCAGACUGACCAUCAGGCCAUCAGGCAGCCUCACCGCUGCUCCCUCUCUCCCCUCAGACUGACCAUCAGAUGCAGGCCAUCAGUCAGCCUCACCGCUGCUCACUUAGCUGUGCCUUACAAGUAAUACAACAAAUGAUCUAUUACCAAUGUCUAAAUGGUCUGAGAAGAACAACAUUGGCAGGUCAAUUCAAGCGUAGGCAAUAUCCAGUGAUAAUGUACUGGGCCUAUAGCCUACUGCACAAACCUCAUGUCACGGCUGUCAGUGAGAUGCGGUUGAAGAAGUCAGGCGCAGGACACGGAACUCUCGGAAACGUACUUUAAUCCCAUAUUGAAAAGAUGAACACAGAAUAACUCCACACAGGGAGGAAAUAACCCGCUCACAAACGACAUACGUGAAGGGAAACAAUCACACACAAGAUAACGAUGAGAGACAGGGGUAAUUCUAGGGCAACAAUCAAACAUAAUGAUGAACAGGUGUAAACAAUACAGACAAGACUAGACAGACACCGAUAAUAUCGAUCGGCAGUAGCUAGUACUCCGGGGACGACGAACACCGAAGCCUGCCCGAGCAAGGAGGAGGAGCAGCCUCGGCAGAAUCCGUGACAGUACCCCCCCCUUGACGCGCGGCUCCAGCCGUGCGCCGACCCCGGCCUCGGGGACGGCCAGGAGGACGCGGAGCAGGGCGAGUAGGAUGACUCCGGUGGAACUCUGUCAACAGGGAGGGAUCUAGGAUGUCCCUCCUAGGGACCCAGCACCGUUCCUCCGGACCGUACCCCUUCCAUUCCACGAGAUACUGCAGACCCCCCAUCCGACGCCUCGAAUCCACGAUGGAACGGACUGAGUACGCCGGAGCCCCUUCGAUGUCUAGUGGGGGCGGAGGGGCCUCUCGUAUCUCAUUCUCCUGGAGUGGACCAGCUACCACUGGCCUGAGGAGAGACACAUGGAACGAGGGGUUAAUGCGAUAAUUAAUAGGCAGUUUUAACCUAUAACAUACCUCGUUCAAUCUCCUCAGGACUUUAAAUGGCCCCACAAACCGCUGACCCAGCUUCCGGCAGGGCAGGUGAAGGGGCAGGUUUCGGGUCGAGAGCCAGACCCGAUCUCCCGGUGCAUAAACCGGACCCUCACUGUGGUGGCGAUCGGCGCUCGCCUUUUGCCGUCUGAUGGUCCGCUGCAGAUGGACAUGCGCAGCGUUCCAUGUCUCCUCCGAGCGCCGAAACCGUUCAUCCACCGCAGGGGCCUUGAUCUGGCUCUGAUGCCAGGGUGCCAGAACCGGCUGAUAGCCCAACACACACUGAUUAGUGGAGGAGUGGCGGAGUGAGUUUUGGGCUAUCUCUGCCCAGGGAAUAUACCCCGACCACUCCUCCUGCUGGUCCUGGCAAUAGGACCUCAGAAACCUACCCACAUCCUGGUUUACUCUCUCCACCUGCCCAUUACUCUCGGGGUGAAAACCAGAGGUAAGGCUGAUCGAGACCCCCAAACGUUCCAUAAACGCCCUCCAAACUCUAGAGGUGAACUGGGGACCCCGAUCAGACACUAUGUCCUCAGGCACCCCGUAGUGCCGGAAAACGUGAGUAAACAGGGCCUCGGCUGUUUGUAGGGCUGUAGGAAGACCUGGCAUAGGGAUGAGACGGCAGGCCUUAGAAAACCGAUCCACAACGACCAAGAUCGUGGUAUUCCCCUGGGAGGGGGGAAGGUCCGUGACAAAAUCCACCGACAGGUGAGACCACGGCCGUUGUGGAACGGGUAGGGGUUGUAACUUCCCUCUGGGCAGGUGUCUAGGUGCCUUACACUGGGCGCACACCGAGCAGGAAGAAACGUAAACCCUCACGUCCCUGGCUAAGGUGGGCCACCAGUACUUCCCACUAAGACAGUGCACCGUCCGACCAAUACCCGGAUGACCAGAGGAGGGUGACGUGUGAGCCCAAUAAAUCAGUCGGUCACGGACCUCGAGCGGCACGUACCUCCGUCCUUCUGGACACUCUGGGGGAGUAGGGUCGGUACGUAACGCCCGCUCGAUUUCCGUGUCGACCUCCCACACCACCGGUGCCACUAGACAAGACUCCGGUAGUAUGGGAGUGGGCUCAAUGGACCUCUCCUCUGUGUCAUAUAGUCGGGACAGGGCGUCUGCCUUAGCGUUCUGUGACCCUGGGAUAUAAGUGAUCUUAAAUACAAACCGGGCAAGAAACAUGGCCCACCUAGCCUGACGAGGGUUCAGUCUCCUCGCUGCCCGGAUGUACUCCAGGUCACGAUGGUCAGUCAGAAUGAGAAAAGGGUGGUUAGCCCCCUCAAGCCAAUGUCUCCACACCUUCAGGGCGUGGACCACCGCUAGCAGCUCCCUGUCCCCCACGUCAUAAUUGCGUUCCGCCGGACUGAGCUUCUUGGAAUAGAAAGCACAGGGGCGGAGUUUUGGAGGCGUGCCCGAGCGCUGAGACAGUAUAGCACCGAUCCCCGCCUCGGACGCAUCCACCUCCACUUGGAACGCCAAAGAGGGAUCCGGAUGUGCCAGCACCGGAGCCGAGGUGAACAAAUCCUUCAAAUGACUAAACGCCCUGUCCGCCUCAGCCGACCACUGCAAACGCACCGGGCCCCCCUUUAGCAGGGAGGUAAUGGGAGCUGCUACCUGUCCAAAACCCCGGAUAAACCUCCGGUAGUAAUUGGCAAAACCCAAAAAACGCUGCACCUCCUUUACCGUAGUGGGAGUCUGCCAAUUACGCACGGCUGAAAUGCGGUCAACCUCCAUCUCCACCCCUGACGCAGACAACCGGUGUCCCAGGAAGGAGAUGGACUCCUGGAAAAACAGACAUUUCUCUGCCUUCACAUACAGGUAAUGCUCCAACAGUCUACCCAGCACCCGACGUACCAGGGACACAUGCUCGGUACGUGUAGCGGAGUAUAUCAGGAUGUCAUCAAUAUACACCACUACCCCCCGUCCAUGCAAAUCCCGGAAAAUCUCGUCCACAAAUGAUUGGAAGACUGAAGGAGCAUUCAUUAGACCGUAUGGCAUGACGAGGUACUCAUAGUGACCCGAGGUGGUACUGAAUGCUGUCUUCCACUCAUCUCCUUCCCGAAUGCGCACCAGGUUGUAAGCGCUCCUGAGAUCCAAUUUUGUGAAGAAGCGCGCCCCGUGUAAUGACUCCGUCAUACUAGCAAUCAGAGGGAGAGGAUAGCUGUAUUUAAUAGUGAUCUGAUUGAGACCACGGUAAUCAAUACACGGGCGUAAACCCCCAUCCUUCUUCUUCACAAAAAAGAAACUCGAGGACGCAGGGGAAGUGGACGGCCGUAUGUAUCCCUGUCUCAAGGAUUCGGCGAUGUAUGUCUCCAUAGCGGCCGUCUCCUCCUGAGACAGAGAAUACACAUGGCUACGAGGGAGCGCAGCGCCUGCCUGGAGGUCUAUCGCACAAUCCCCCUGUCUAUGAGGUGGUAAUUGAGUCGCCCUCUUCUUACUGAAGGCGAGUGCCAAAUCUGUAUACUCAGGAGGAAUGUGCAGUGCGGGCAUUUGGUUCGGACUUUCCACCGUUGUCGCCCCUACGGAAACACCUAUACACCGCCCGACACACUGAUCAGACCAUCCCUUGAGAGCCCUCUGUUGCCAUGAAAUGUUGGGGUCAUGAGAUGUUAACCAGGGAAGACCCAACACCACAGGAAAUGCAGGAGAGUCAAUCAAAUACAACUGAAUAAUCUCCUCAUGGCCCUUCUGCGUCUUCAUCUUAAGUGGCGCUGUGAACUCCCUAAUCAAUCCCGACCCCAAACCAGAGGCUAUAGUGGCUCAUCGUGCUCUAGCGACUCCUUGUGGCGGGUUGGGCGCCUGCAGGCUGACUCCGGUUGUCAGUUGGAUGGUGUUUCCUCCGACACAUUGGUGUGGCUGGCUUCCAGGUUAAGCGGGCGGGUGUUAACGGGUCAUGUUUCGGAGGACGCAUGACUCGACCUUCGCCUCUCCCGAGCCCGUUGGGGAGUUGCAGCGAUGAGACAAGAUCGUAAUAUCAUGAAAUGGGGGUAGAAAAAAGACAAAAGCCUCUAAUAACAACACAAACUUAUCGGACCACUUUGCUAUACUCAGUCAUUGCAGCUGCAGUGCUGGUUUUAGCGUGUGGAAGUUGGGAGAAUGCGCAUUUUAUGGCUUAUAAAGGUGUUGAACAAAGUGUUGACAGGGCUGGAUAACAACUUAAAUAUGAACUUCCACAUAAAAACAGCAGCUCUUUGCUGGAUUCGUUGAGUCUCUCUCUUUUUAAAUCUCACAGUAUCAUCUUUGCCAUGCGCUUAAGGCUUCUUUUUACAGUCAAUGGCUCGAGGAAAUCUGAGCUAUCUGAUUGGCCACUUUGCCUUACCGACGCUAGGGCUGCUGAAUCAAGUGAACCUACCGCCAACAGUGCAAGAAAAAACAAAAAUAAAACUAGGAAUGCCUUGGAGAUCGACCAGUCGAUCGCGAUUAACCUGUUGGUGACCACUGGUGUAGAGAAUCAAUGUACUAUCUAAAUUGCAGUGAAAUAUCCCUUCAAAAAUAUUGUAUUUUCACCUGUUUGAAGCUGGUGUACAAACCGAAAGUAAAUUAAUGACAGAUCUAUAACUCAUAUUUCUAUAUGAAUUUGGUCGGGUCACCCAAAAAGUGACAUAUUACAAACCUCACGCAGAGACAUAAAAAUGGUAAGUUCAUCUGACUCUGGGGAAUUACGUAAAAGACCUCAUUGCCAAAUUCCAGAAGUAUCAAUUUAAUCAAUAGGCUUUCUCAACCUGUUGUCUACAAAAAAAAAGGGAAAAUAGGAACAUCUAUGUGACGUGUUGUUUCUCUCUAGACGUGUUGUCAUGGUAACAUUUAUGUGACGUGUUAUUUCUCUCCAGGUGUUUCGUCAUGGUAACAUGCAUGUGACGUGUUGUUUCUUUCCAGGCAUGUCGUCAUGGGAACGUACAGCACCUGGAACAUCUGCUGUUUUACGGAGCCGACAUGAGCUCCCAGAAUGCCUCAGGAAACACUGCCCUGCACCUGUGUGGUCUAUACAACCAGGUAACACUACACCUGUGUGUUCUAUACAAACUAAAACCGUGUGUUCUUAUACAACCGGGUUUAAAACACUACACCUGUUGUUCUAUACAACCAGGAAACACUACACCUGUGUGUUCUAUACAACCAGGUAACACUACACCUGUGGUUAUACAACCAGGUAAACAUACACCUGUGUUCUAUACAACCAGGUAAAAACUACACCUGUUGUUUCUAUACAACCAGGUAACACUACACCUGUGUGUUCUAUACAACCAGGUAACACUACCCCUGUGUGUUUAUACAACCAGGUAACACUACACCUGUGGUCUAUACAACCAGGUAACACUACACCUGUGGUCUAUACAACCAGGUAACAUACACCUGUGGUCUAUACAACCGGGGACACUACACCUGUGGUCUAUACAACCAGGUAACACUACACCUGUGGUCUAUACAACCAGGUAAACACUACACCUGUGGUUCUAUACAACCAGGUAACACUACACCUGUGGUCUAUACAACCAGGUAACACUACACCUGUUUUGUUCUAUACAACCAGGUAACACUACACCUGUGUUCUAUACAACCAGGUAACACUACACCUGUGUGUUCUAUACAACCAGGUAAACACUACACCUGUGUGUUCUAUACAACCAGGUAACACUACACCUGUGGUUCUAUACAACCAGGUAACACUACACCUGUGGUUCUAUACAACCAGGUAACACUACACCUGUGUGUUCUAUACAACCAGGUAACACUACACCUGUGUGUCUAUACAACCAGGUAACACUACACCUGUGGUUCUAUACAACCAGGUAACACUACACCUGUGUGUUCUAUACAAACCAGGUAACACUACACCUGUGUGUUCUAUUACAACCAGGUAACACUACACCUGUGUUCUAUACAACCAGGUAACACUACACCUGUGUGUUCUAUACAACCAGGUAACACUACACCUGUGUGUUCUAUACAACCAGGUAACACUACACCUGUGUGUUCUAUACAACCAGGUAACACUACACCUGUGGUCUAUACAACCAGGUAACACUACACCUGUGGUCUAUACAACCAGGUAACACUACACCUGUGUGUUCUAUACAACCAGGUAACACUACAACCUGUGUGUUCUAUACAACCAGGUAACACUACACCUGUGGUCUAUACAACCAGGUAACACUACACCUGUGGUCUAUACAACCAGGUAACACUACACCUGUGUGUUCUAUACAACCAGGUAACACUACACCUGUGUGUUCUAUACAACCAGGUAAACACUACACCUGUGGUCUAUACACCAGGUAACACUACACCUGUGGUCUAUACAACCAGGUAACACUACACCUGUGUGGUCUAUACAACCAGGUAACACUACACCUGUGGUCAUACAACCAGGUAACACUACACCUGUGGUUCUAUACAACCAGGUAACACUACACCUGGUGGUCUAUACAACCAGUAACACUACACCUGUGGUCUAUACAACCAGGUAACACUACACCUGUGGUCUAUACAACCAGGUAACACUACACCUGGUGGUCUAUACAACCAGGUAAACACUACACCUGUGGUCUAUACAACCAGGUAACACUACACCUGUGUGGUCUAUACAACCAGGUAACACUACACCUGUGUUCUAUACAACCAGGUAACACUACACCUGUGUUCUAUACAACCAGGUAACACUACACCUGUGGUCUAUACAACCAGGUAACACUACACCUGUGUGGUCUAUACAACCAGGUAACACUACACCUGUGGUCUAUACAACCAGGUAACACUACACCUGUGUGUUCUAUACAACCAGGUAACACUACACCUGUGGUCUAUACAACCAGGUAACACUACACCUGUGGUCUAUACAACCAGGUAACACUACACCUGUGGUCUAUACAACCAGGUAACACUACACCUGUGGUCUAUAUAACCAGGUAACACUACACCUGUGGUCUAUACAACCAGGUAACACUACACCUGUGUGUUCUAUACAACCAGGUAACACUACACCUGUGGUCUAUACAACCAGGUAACACUACACCUGUGUGUUCUAUACAACCAGGUAACACUACACCUGUGGGUUCUAUACAACCAGGUAACACUACACCUGUGUGUCUAUACAACCAGGUAACACUACAACCUGUGUUCUAUACAACCAGGUAACACUACACCUGUGGUCUAUACAACCAGGUAACAAUAAACCUGUGUGUCUAUACAACCAGGUAACACUACACCUGUGUGUUCUAUACAACCAGGUAACACUACACCUGUGUGUUCUAUACAACCAGGUAACACUACACCUGUGUUCUAUACAACCAGGUAACACUACACCUGUGUUCUAUACAACCAGGUAACACUACACCUGUGUGUUCUAUACAACCAGGUAACACUACACCUGUGUUCUAUACAACCAGGUAACACUACACCUGUGUGUUCUAUACAACCAGGUAACACUACACCUGUGGUCUAUACAACCAGGUAACACUACACCUGUGUGUUCUAUACAACCAGGUAACACUACACCUGUGUGUUCUAUACAACCAGGUAACACUACACCUGUGUGUUCUAUACAACCAGGUAACACUACACCUGUGUGUCUAUACAACCAGGUAACACUACACCUGUGGUCUAUACAACCAGGUAACACUACACCUGUGGUCUAUACAACCAGGUAACACUACACCUGUGUGGUCUAUACAACCAGGUAACACUACACCUGUGUGGUCUAUACAACCAGGUAACACUACACCUGUGUGUUCUAUACAACCAGGUAACACUACACCUGUGUGGUCUAUACAACCAGGUAACACUACACCUGUGGUCUAUACAACCAGGUAACACUACACCUGUGGUCUAUACAACCAGGUAACACUACACCUGUGUGUUCUAUACAACCAGGUAACACUACACCUGUGUGGUCUAUACAACCAGGUAACACUACACCUGUGGUCUAUACAACCAGGUAACACUACACCUGUGUGUUCUAUACAACCAGGUAACACUACACCUGUGUGUUCUAUACAACCAGGUAACACUACACCUGUGUGUUCUAUACAACCAGGUAACACUACACCUGUGUUCUAUACAACCAGGUAACACUACACCUGUGGUCUAUACAACCAGGUAACACUACACCUGUGGUCUAUACAACCAGGUAACACUACACCUGUGGUCUAUACAACCAGGUAACACUACACCUGUGUGUUCUAUACAACCAGGUAACACUACACCUGUGUGGUCUAUACAACCAGGUAACACUACACCUGUGUGUUCUAUACAACCAGGUAACACUAUACCUGUGUGUUCUAUACAACCAGGUAACACUACACCUGUGGUCUAUACAACCAGGUAACACUACACCUGUGGUCUAUACAACCAGGUAACACUACACCUGUGUUCUAUACAACCAGGUAACAAUACACCUGUGGUCUAUACAACCAGGUAACACUACACCUGUGUGUUCUAUACAACCAGGUAACACUACACCUGUGUGUUCUAUACAACCAGGUAACACUACACCUGUGGUCUAUACAACCAGGUAACACUACACCUGUGGUCUAUACAACCAGGUAACACUACACCUGUGUUCUAUACAACCAGGUAACACUACACCUGUGGUCUAUACAACCAGGUAACACUACACCUGUGUGUUCUAUACAACCAGGUAACACUACACCUGUGUGUUCUAUACAACUAGGUAACACUACACCUGUGGUCUAUACAACCAGGUAACACUACACCUGUGGUCUAUACAACCAGGUAACACUACACCUGUGUGGUCUAUACAACCAGGUAACACUACACCUGUGUUCUAUACAACCAGGUAACACUACACCUGUGUGGUCUAUACAACCAGGUAACACUACACCUGUGUGUUCUAUACAACCAGGUAACACUACACCUGUGUUCUAUACAACCAGGUAACACUACACCUGUGUUCUAUACAACCAGGUAACAAUACACCUGUGGUCUAUACAACCAGGUAACACUACACCUGUGUGUUCUAUACAACCAGGUAACACUACACCUGUGUGUUCUAUACAACCAGGUAACACUACACCUGUGGUCUAUACAACCAGGUAACACUACACCUGUGGUCUAUACAACCAGGUAACACUACACCUGUGGUCUAUACAACCAGGUAACACUACACCUGUGGUCUAUACAACCAGGUAACACUACACCUGUGUGUUCUAUACAACCAGGUAACACUACACCUGUGUGUUCUAUACAACCAGGUAACACUACACCUGUGGUCUAUACAACCAGGUAACACUACACCUGUGGUCUAUACAACCAGGUAACACUACACCUGUGUGGUCUAUACAACCAGGUAACACUACACCUGUGUUCUAUACAACCAGGUAACACUACACCUGUGUGGUCUAUACAACCAGGUAACACUACACCUGUGUGUUCUAUACAACCAGGUAACACUACACCUGUGUUCUAUACAACCAGGUAACACUACACCUGUGGUCUAUACAACCAGGUAACACUACACCUGUGGUCUAUACAACCAGGUAACACUACACCUGUGUGUUCUAUACAACCAGGUAACACUACACCUGUGUUCUAUACAACCAGGUAAGCAGGGUUGCUAUGUGUGACUGACUGUGAUGUUUCCUUUCUCAGGACGGCUGUGCCAGAGUUCUGCUGUUCAGAGGAGCGAAUAAAGACAUUAAGAACUACAACAACCAGACAGCUUUUCAGGUAAUGAACUACAACACAGAAUGCAGUGUGACGUGGUAUAGUUUGAAUGCUUUUUUCUGACAAUGCUUCACUGUGGUUCCAAAUAGACAUGUAAAGUGUGUGUGUGUGUGUAGGUGGCCAUCAUUGCUGGGAAUUUUGACCUGGCAGAGAUCAUUAAGAUCCAUAAGGCCUCAGACGUAGGUGAGUCCAUCCACGACCCUGUGUGUUAGUGUCUGUGUGUGUUUGACCAUGUCGAUGUGUGUAACCUUGUUGCUCUGUGUCUCAGUGCCUUUCAGAGAGAGCCCUUCCUAUUCCUCAAAGCGCCGACGUCUGGGUGGGGCCAGUAAUGUUGGUGGGUGUGGCUUGUCAUCUCCCCGUUAUCUGAUUCGCUCAGCCAGCGACAACGCUCUUGAAAGCCCCGCCUCUUCUUCCCCUGGCCCAUCCCUCCACAGCCUGGAGAACACGCAAACUUCCAACCGGCAGACGGACAGACGGACAGACACACACAGCCUUCGCAGACAGACACGGCGCCUCAGGUACAGACAGACAGACAGACAGACACAGACAGACAGACAGACACAGACAGACAGAUAGACACACCCAAAGACAGACAGACAGACACAGACAGACAGAUAGACACACCCACAGACAGACAGACAGACAGACAGACACAGACAGACAGAUAGACACACCCACAGACAGACACACACAGCCUUUGCAGACAGACACGGCGCCUCAGGUACAGACAGACAGACAGACAGACAGACAGACAGACAGACAGACAGACAGACUCACCUGCCUGUGUGCUUGUUUGUGUGUGUAUGUCUGUGUUUGCAUGUGUGCAUGCCUAUGUGGUGUGUGUGUGUGUGUGUAUAGCCCCAGUGGCAGGCUACAGAGGGACCCCAGUCCGCCCCCAUCUCCCCCCAGCCCAGUGCAGCGUGGGAAACGUAGGCUGUACAGCGCCGUGCCGGGGAGAACGUUCAUCGCUACACGCUCUCACACACCGCAGGGUCCCGGAGAGAUUAGCCUGCAUCGUGGGGAGAGAGUCAAAGGUCAGACACUCCUCCUCUCUCUCCAAUCAGCUGUCUUCCCUCACUGGCCAAUCAGCUGUCCCAAUUCCCUGUCCAAUCUGCUGUCUCCUCCUCACUGUCCAAUCAACUGUUAGAGGAACCAGCAGACAGGGUUAGAGGAACCAACAGACAGGGUUAGAGGAACCAACAGACAGGGAACCAACAGACAGGGAACCAACAGACAGGGUUAGAGGAACCAGCAGACAGGGUUAGAGGAACCAACAGACAGGGUUAGAGGAACCAGCAGACAGGGAACCAACAGACAGGGUUAGAGGAACCAACAGACAGGGUUAGAGGAACCAACAGACAGGGUUAGAGGAACCAGCAGACAGGGUUAGAGGAACCAACAGACAGGGUUAGAGGAACCAACAGACAGGGUUAGAGGAACCAACAGACAGGGUUAGAGGAACCAACAGACAGGGUUAGAGGAACCAACAGACAGGGUUAGAGGAACCAACAGACAGGGAACCAACAGACAGGGUUAGAGGAACCAACAGACAGGGUUAGAGGAACCAACAGACAGGGUUAGAGGAACCAACAGACAGGGAACCAACAGACAGGGUUAGAGGAACCAACAGACAGGGUUAGAGGAACCAACAGACAGGGUUAGAGGAACCAACAGACAGGGUUAGAGGAACCAACAGACAGGGUUAGAGGAACCAACAGACAGGGAACCAACAGACAGGGUUAGAGGAACCACAGACAGGGUUAGAGGAACCAACAGACAGGGUUAGGGGAACCAACAGACAGGGUUAGGGGAACCAACAGACAGGGUUAGGGGAACCAACAGACAGGGUUAGAGGAACCAACAGACAGGGUUAGAGGAACCAACAGACAGGGUUAGAGGAACCAACAGACAGGGUUAGAGGAACCAGCAGACAGGGUUAGAGGAACCAACAGACAGGGUUAGAGGAACCAACAGACAGGGAACCAACAGACAGGGUUAGAGGAACCAACAGACAGGGUUAGAGGAACCAACAGACAGGGUUAGGGGAACCAACAGACAGGGUUAGAGGAACCAACAGACAGGGAACCAACAGACAGGGUUAGAGGAACUAGCAGACAGGGUUAGAGGAACCAACAGACAGGGUUAGAGGAACCAACAGACAGGGUUAGAGGAACCAGCAGACAGGGUUAGAGGAACCAACAGACAGGGUUAGAGGAACCAACAGACAGGGUUAGAGGAACCAACAGACAGGGAACCAACAGACAGGGUUAGAGGAACCAACAGACAGGGUUAGAGGAACCAACAGACAGGGUUAGAGGAAACCAACAGACCAGGGUUAGAGGAACCAACAGACAGGGAACCAACAUACAGGGUUAGAGGAACCAACAGACAGGGAACCAACCGACAGGGUUAGAGGAACCAACAGACAGGGUUAGAGGAACCAACAGACAGGGGAAAAACAGACAGGGUUAGAGGAACCAACAGACAGGGAACCAACAGGGCAGGGAACCAACAGACAGGGUUAGAGGAACCAACAGACAGGGUUAGAGGACAACAGACAGGGUUAGGAAAAAGGAGAAAACCAACAGACAGGGUUAGAGGAACCAACCAGGGAACCACAGACAGGUUUGAGGAACCCAAAAGACAGGGUUAGAGGAAAACAGACAGGGUUAGAGGAAACAAAAGACAGGGUUAGAGGACCAAAAAGACAGGGGUUUGAGGAACCACAGACAGGGGUUUGAGGAACCAACAGACAGGGGUUUGAGGAACCAGCAGACAUGGUUAGAGGAACCAACAGACAGGGUUAGAGGAAAACAGACAGAAACCAAACAGCAGGGUUAGAGGAACCAACAGACAGGGUUAGAGGAACCAACAGACAGGUUAGAGGAACCAGCAGACAGGGUUAGAGGAACCAACAGACAGGGUUGAGGAACCAACGAGGAAACCAACAGACAGGGUUAGAGGAACCAACAGACAGGGUUAGGGGAACCAACAGACAGGGUUAGAGGAACCAACAGACAGGGUUAGAGGAACAACAACAGGGACCCAAACAGACAGGUAGAGGAACCAACAGACAGGGUUAGAGGAACCAACAGACAGGGUUAGAGGAACCAACAGACAGGGUUAGAGGAACCAACAGACAGGGUUAGAGAACAACAGACAGGGUUAGAGGAACCACAGACAGGGAACCAACAGACAGGGUUAGAGGAACCAACAGACAGGGUUAGAGGAACCAACAGACAGGGACCAGCAGACCGGGUUAGAGGAACCAACAGACAGGGUUAGAGAACCAACAGACAGUGGAACCAACAGACCAGGGAACAACCGACAGGGAACCACAGACGGGUUAGAGGAACCAACAGACAGGGUUAGAGGAACCAACAGACGGGUUAGAGAACCAACAGACAGGGUUAGAGGAAACCAACAGACAGGGUUGAGGAACCAACCAGACAGGGAACCAACAGAAAGGGUUAGAGGAACCACAGACAGGGUUAGAGGAACCAACAGACAGGGUUAGAGGAAACAACAGACAGGGAACCCAAAGACAGGGUUAGAGGAACCAGCAGACAGGGUUUGAGGACCAAAAGACAGGGUUAGAGGAACCAACAGACAGGGUUGAGGAACAACAGACAGGGUUAGAGGAACCAACAGACAGGGUUAGAGGAACCAACAGACAGGGGGUUAGAGGAACCAACAGACAGGGUUAGAGGAACCAACAGACAGGGUUAGAGGAACCAACAGACAGGGGUUUGAGGAACCAACAGACAGGGAACCAACAGACAGGGUUAGAGGAACCAACAGACAGGGUUAGAGGAACCAACGACAGGGGAAAACAGACAGGGUUAGAGGAACCAACAGACAGGGUUAGAGACCAAAGCAGGGGAAACCCGCAGACGGGUUAGAGGAAACCAACGACAGGGUUAGAGGAACCCAACAGACAGGGUUAGAGGAACAACAGACAGGGUUAGAGAAACCAACAGGGCAGGGAACCAACAGACAGGGUUAGAGGAACCAACAGACAGGGUUAGAGGAACCAACAGACAGGGAAACCCGCAGACAGGGUUAGAGGAACCAACAGAAAAAAGGGUUAGAGGAACCAGCAGACAGGGAAAACCCGCAGACAGGGUUAGAGGAAAACAGACAGGUUAGGGAACAAAAAGACAGGGUUAGAGGAACCAACAGCAGGGAACCAACAGACAGGGUUAGAGGGGAAACCCGCAGACAGGGUUAGAGGAAAACCCAAAAGACAGGGUAGAGGAAAAACAGACAGGGUUAGAGGAACCAACCCGACAGGGUUAGAGGAACCAACAGACAGGGAACCACAGACAGGGUUAGAAACAGCAGACAGGGGUUAGAGGAAACCAAAAAGACAGGGUUAGAGGAACCAACAGACAAGGGGAAACCAACAGACAGGGUUAGAGGAACCAAGCAGACAGGGUUAGAGGAACCAACAGACAGGGUUAGAGGAACCAACAGACAGGGUUAGAGGAACCAACAGACAGGGUUAGAGGAACCAAGACAGGGUUAGAGGAACCAACAGACAGGGUUAGAGGAACCAACAGACAGGGUUAGAGGAACCAACAGGGCAGGGUUAGAGGAACCCAAAAGACAGGGUUAGAGGACCAACAGACAGGGAAACCCCAGACAGGGUUAGAGGAACCAACAGACAGGGUUAGAGGAACCAACAGACAGGGAACCAACAGACAGGGUUAGAGGAACCAACAGACAGGGUUAGAGGAACCACAAGGAACCAGCGACAGGGUUAGAGGAACCCAAAAGGGGCCAGGGUUAGGAACCAACAGACAGGGUUAGAGGAACCAACGACAGGGUUAGAGGAACCAACAGACAGGGUUAGAGGAACCAACAGACAGGGUUAGAGGAACCAACAGACAGGGAACCAACAGACAGGGUUAGAGGAACUAACAGACAGGGUUAGAGGAACCAACAGACAGGGAACCAGCAGACAGGGUUAGAGGAACCAACAGACAGGGUUAGAGGAACCAGCAGACAGGGUUAGAGGAACCAGCAGACAGGGUUAGAGGAACCAACAGACAGGGUUAGAGGAACCAACAGACAGGGUUAGAGGAACCAGCAGACAGGGUUAGAGGAACCAACAGACAGGGUUAGAGGAACCAACAGACAGGGAACCAACAGACAGGGUUAGAGGAACCAACAGACAGGGUUAGAGGAACCAACAGACAGGGUUAGAGGAACCAACAGACAGGGUUAGAGGAACCAGCAGACAGGGUUAGAGGAACCAACAUUCCUAUAUUAAUAUAUUAACAUGUUAUAUUGUCCAGUGCUGAGUAUACUAGAAGGGGGGUUUGCUAUAGUUAGUACAGUAUAGUACACUGCUCUAAUAAAGGGAACACUUAAACAACACAAUGGAACUCCAAGUCAAUCACACUUCUGUGAAAUCAAACUGUCCACUUAGGAAGCAACACUGAUUGACAAUAAAUGUCACAUGCUGUUGUGCAAAUGGAAUAGACAACAGGUGGAAAUUAUAGGCAAUUAGCAAGACACACCCAAUAAAGGACUGGUUUUGCAGGUGGUGACCACAGACCACUUCUCAGUUCCUAUGCUUCCUGGCUGAUGUUUAGGUCACUUUUGAAUGCUGGCGGUGCUUUCACUCUAGUGGUAGCAUGAGACGGAGUCUACAACCCACACAAGUGGCUCAGGUAGUGCAGCUCAUCCAGGAUGGCACAUCAAUGCGAGCUGUGGCAAGAAGGUUUGCUGUGUCUGUCAGCGUAGUGUCCAGAGCAUGGAGGCGCUACCAGGAGACAGGCCAGUACAUCAGGAGACGUGGAGGAGGCCGUAGGAGGGCAACAACCCAGCAGCAGGACUGCUACCUCCGCCUUUGUGCAAGGAGGAGCAGGAGGAGCACUGCCAGAGCCCUGCAAAAUGACCUCCAGCAGGCCACAAAUGUGCAUGUGUCUGCUCAAACGGUCAGAAACAGACUCCAUGAGGGUGGUAUGAGGGCCCGACGUCCACAGGUGGGGGUUGUGCUUACAGCCCAACACCGUGCAGGACGUUUGGCAUUUGCCAGAGAACACCAAGAUUGGCAAAUUCGCCACUGGCGCCCUGUGCUCUUCACAGAUGAAAGCAGGUUCACACUGAGCACACGUGACAGAGUCUGGAGACGCCGCGGAGAACGUUCUGCUGCCUGCAACAUCCUCCAGUAUGACCGGUUUGGCGGUGGGUCAGUCAUGGUGUGGGGUGACAUUUCUUUGGGGGGCCGCACAGCCCUCCAUGUGCUCGCCAGAGGUAGCCUGACUGCCAUUAGGUACCGAGAUGAGAUCCUCAGACCCCUUGUGAGACCAUAUGCUGGUGCGGUUGGCUCUGGGUUCCUCCUAAUGCAAGACAAUGCUAGACCUCAUGUGGCUGGAGUGUGUCAGCAGUUCCUGCAAGAGGAAGGCAUUGAUGCUAUGGACUGGCCCGCCCAUUCCCCAGACCUGAAUCCAAUUGAGCACAUCUGGGACAUCAUGUCUCGCUCCAUCCACCAACGCCACAUUGCACCACAGACUGUCCAGGAGUGGGCGGAUGCUUUAGUCCAGGUCUGGGAGGAGAUCCCUCAGGAGACCAUCCGCGUGGAGGCCACACACACUACUGAGCCUCAUUUUGACUUGUUUUAAGGACAUUACAUAAAAGUUGGAUCAGCCUGUAGUGUGGUUUUCCAUUUUAAUUUUGAGGGUGACUCCAAAUCCAGACCUCCAUGGGUUGAUACAUUUGAUUUCCAUUGAUAAUUUUUGUGUGAUUUUGUUGUCAGCACAUUCAACUAUGUAAAGAAAAAAGUAUUUAAUAAUAUUAUUUCAUUCAUUCAGAUCUAGGAUGUGUUAUUUUAGUGUUCCCUUUAUUUUUUUGAGCAGUGUAUUAUGUAUAUAUUCCUAUAUUAACAUGUUAUAUUGUUACAGUGCUGAUUAUAGGAGAAGGGGGGUUUGCUAUAGUUAGUAUAGUAUAGUAUUAUGUAUAUAUUCCUAUAUUAAUAUAUUAACAUGUUAUAUUGUUACAGUGCUGAGUAUACUAGAAGGGGGGUUUGCUAUAGUUAGUAUAGUAUAGUAUUAUGUAUAUAUUCCUAUAUUAAUAUGUUGUAUUGUUCCAAUGCUGAGUUAGUAUAGUGUUGUGUAUUUUGUAUAUACGGUGCAUUUGGAAAGUAUUCAGACCCUUUGACUUUAUACACAUUUAUUUACGUUACAGCCUUAUUCUAAAAUGGAUGAAAUCAUUUUUUUCAAUCAUCAAUAUACACACAAUGCCCCAUAAUUACAAAGCAAAAACAGGUUUUUGGAAAAUGUUGCACAUUUAUAUAAAAUUAAAAACAGAAAUACCUUAUUUACAUAAGUAUUCAGACCCUUUACUAUGAGACUCAAAAUUGAGCUCAUGUGCAUCCUGUUCCAUUGAUCAUCCUUGAGAUGCUUCUACAACUUGAUUGGAGUCCACCUGUGGUAAAUUCAACUGAUUGGACAUGAUUUGGAAAUGCACACACCUGUCUAUAUAAUGUCCCACAGUUGACAGUACAUGUCAGAGCAAAAACCAAGCCAUGAGGUCGAAGGAAUUGUUCGUAUAGCUCCGAGACAGGAUUGUGUCCAGGCACAGAUCUGGGGAAGGGUACCAAAACAUUUCUGCAGCAUUGAAGAUCCCGAAGAACACAGUGGCCUCCAUCAUUCUUAAAUGGAAGAAGUUUGGAACCACCAAGACUCUUCCUAGAGCUGGCCGUCCGGCCAAACUGAGCAAUUGGGGGAGAUGGCUGUCCUGGAAGGUUCUCCCAUCUCCACAGAGGAACUCUGGAGCUCUGUCAGGGUGACCAAGAACCGACCUCCAGUUCCUUUGUGGAGAUGGGAGAACCUUCCAGAAGGACAACCAUCUCUGCAGCACUCCACCAAUCCGGCCUUUAUGGUAGAGUGGCCAGAAGGAAGCCACUCCUCAGUAAAAGGCACAUGACAGCCCGCUUGGAGUUUGCCAAAAGGCACCUAAUGGACUCAGACCAUGAGAAACAAGAUUCUCUGGUCUGAUGAAACAAAAAUAGUUUGCCCAUAAUGACCAUCGUUAUGUUUGGAGGAAAAAGGGGGCUGCUUGCAAGCCGAAGAACACCAUCCCAACCGUGAAGCACGGGGGUGGCAGCAUCAUGCUGUGGGAGUGCUUUGUGCUUUGGACUGGUGCACUUCAUAAAAUAGAUGGCAUCAUGAGGAAGGAAAAUUAUGUGGAUAUAUUGAAGCAACAUCUCAAGACAUCAGUCAGGAAGUUAAAGCUUGGUCACAAAUGGGUCUUCCAAAUGGACAAUGACCCCAAGCAUACUUUCAAAGUUGUGGCAAAAUGGCUUAUGGUCAACAAAGUCAACGUAUUGGAGUGGCCAUCACAAAGCCCUGACCUCAAUCCUAUAGAAAAUCUGUGGGCUGAACUGAAAACGCGUGUGCGAGCAAGGAGGCCUACAAACCUGACUCAGUUAAAGGUUUGGGUAGCCUUCAGCUUGUGGAAGGCUACCCGAAACGUUUGACCCAAGUUAAAUAAUUUAAAGGCAAUGCUACCAAAUACUGAUUGAGUGUAUGUAAACUUCUGACCCACUGGGAAUGUGAUGAAAGAAAUAAAAGCUGAAAUAAUUCAUAAUUAUUCUGACAUUUCACAUUCUUAAAAUAAAGUGGUGAUCCUAACUGACCUAAGACAGGGAAUUUUUACUAGGAUUAAAUGUCAGGAACUGUGAAAAACUGAGUUUAAAUGUAUUUGGCUAAGGUGUAUGUAAACUUCCGACUUCAACUGUAUUCCUAUAUUAAUAUAUUGUAUUGUUACAGUGCUGAGUAUAGGAGAAGGAGGGUUCUGGGAGGGCUCAGUUAAAGGACGGACCGGCUGGUUUCCUGCUGACUGUGUUGAAGAGGUCCAGAUGAGACAGUACGACCCACGCCUAGGUAACCCACACACACUUUUUGUUCUCUUCUUGUGAGGACCUCAAAUUGAUUUAUUUUCAAAAUCCUACUUUGAUUUCCAUUCAAAAUCCUAACUCCAAACCCUAAUUCUAACCCUGACCCUAACCCUAAUUCUAACCCUGACCCUAAUUGUAUCCCUAAUCCUAAACCUAACCCCUAAGCCUUUGUCCUCAUGAGGACGUGGGAAGUAUCCCCACCAGGGAGAAUGUUCCUUGUUUUACUGUCUUUGUGGGGACAGAAAAACCAACCCCCACACACAGCAUAAUGUGUGUUCUGCUUAGCCUAUAGCAGGUCCUCUAACACACCUACCCCCUCUAAUGGAGGGGGACAUGUUUCAGAGAAUGAGGACAUGUCUCUUGACUGCAGUGUGUGUGAUUUGUGUGCGUGUGUGUUGGCUGGUGUAUGUAGAAACACGAGAGGAUCGCACCAAGAGGCUUUUCAGACAUUACACCGUGGGUUCCUAUGACAACUACACUUCCUACAGGUAACUCGUGUACACACGCACACGCACACACACACAGGUAUUGUAAGUCUGCUUCUAUUGUAUCACUGAUCCUUGCCCUCUGACCCCAGUGAUUAUGUCAUCGAGGAGAAGAGUUCUGUGCUACAGAAGAGAGACAGUGAAGGAUUUGGCUUCGUCCUCCGAGGAGCUAAAGGUAAAGAGGGUUGGAAUGGAUCUAGGGUUAGGAGAAUGGAUCUAGGGUUAGGGUUAGGGUUAGGAUAAUGUAUCUAGGGUUAGGGUUAGGAGAAUGGAUCUAGGGUUAGGAGAAUGGAUCUAGGGUUAGGGUUAGGGUUAGGAGAAUGGAUCUAGGGUUAGGGUUAGGAGAAUGGAUCUAGGGUUAGGGUUAGGGUUAGGAGAAUGUAUCUAGGGUUAGGGUUAGGAGAAUGUAUCUAUAAUCCAUGUUGUGUGUGUAGCGGAGACCCCUAUAGAGGUGUUUGCUCCGACCCCAGCGUUCCCAGGGUUAGGGUUAGGAGAAUGUAUCUAUAAUCCAUGUUGUGUGUGUAGCGGAGACCCCUAUAGAGGAGUUUGCUCCGACCCCAGCGUUCCCAGGGUUAGGGUUAGGGUUAGGAGAAUGUAUCUAUAAUCCAUGUUGUGUGUGUAGCGGAGACCCCUAUAGAGGAGUUUGCUCCGACCCCAGCGUUCCCAGGGUUAGGGUUAGGGUUAGGAGAAUGUAUCUAUAAUCCAUGUUGUGUGUGUAGCGGAGACCCCUAUAGAGGAGUUUGCUCCGACCCCAGCGUUCCCAGGGUUAGGGUUAGGGUUAGGAGAAUGUAUCUAGGGUUAGGGUUAGGAUAAUGUAUCUAUAAUCCAUGUUGUGUGUGUAGCGGAGACCCCUAUAGAGGAGUUUGCUCCGACCCCAGCGUUCCCAGCGCUGCAGUACCUGGAGUCUGUUGACCUGGAGGGCGUGGCCUGGAGGGCGGGGCUACGCACUGGGGACUUCCUCAUUGAGGUAAACACACACCAUAGAGAUGUAUAGAGAUCACAACGUUGUAUCUGUUGCAUUAUACACACCAUAGAGAUGUAUAGAGAUCACAACGUUGUAUCUGUUGCAUUAUACACACCAUAGAGAUGUAUAGAGAUCACAACGUUGUAUCUGUUGCGUUAUACACACACCAUAGAGAUGUAUAGAGAUCACAACGUUGUAUCUGUUGCAUUAUACACACCAUAGAGAUGUAUAGAGAUCACAACGUUGUAUCUGUUGCGUUAUACACACCAUAGAGAUGUAUAGAGAUCACAACGUUGUAUCUGUUGCGUUAUACACACCAUAGAGAUGUAUAGAGAUCACAACGUUGUAUCUGUUGCGUUAUACACACCAUAGAGAUGUAUAGAGAUCACAACGUUGUAUCUGUUGCGUUAUACACACCAUAGAGAUGUAUAGAGAUCACAACGUUGUAUCUGUUGCAUUAUACACACCAUAGAGAUGUAUAGAGAUCACAACGUUGUAUCUGUUGCGUUAUACACACCAUAGAGAUGUAUAGAGAUCACAACGUUGUAUCUGUUGCAUUAUACACACCAUAGAGAUGUAUAGAGAUCACAACGUUGUAUCUGUUGCGUUAUACACACCAUAGAGAUGUAUAGAGAUCACAACGUUGUAUCUGUUGCGUUAUACACACCAUAGAGAUGUAUAGAGAUCACAACGUUGUAUCUGUUGCAUUAUACACACCAUAGAGAUGUAUAGAGAUCACAACGUUGUAUCUGUUGCGUUAUACACACCAUAGAGAUGUAUAGAGAUCACAACGUUGUAUCUGUUGCGUUAUACACACCAUAGAGAUGUAUAGAGAUCACAACGUUGUAUCUGUUGCGUUAUACACACCAUAGAGAUGUAUAGAGAUCACAACGUUGUAUCUGUUGCGUUAUACACACCAUAGAGAUGUAUAGAGAUCACAACGUUGUAUCUGUUGCGUUAUACACACCAUAGAGAUGUAUAGAGAUCACAACGUUGUAUCUGUUGCGUUAUACACACCAUAGAGAUGUAUAGAGAUCACAACGUUGUAUCUGUUGCAUUAUACACACCAUAGAGAUGUAUAGAGAUCACAACGUUGUAUCUGUUGCGUUAUACACACCAUAGAGAUGUAUAGAGAUCCCAACGUUGUAUCUGUUGCAUUAUACACACCAUAGAGAUGUAUAGAGAUCCCAACGUUGUAUCUGUUGCAUUAUACACACCAUAGAGAUGUAUAGAGAUCCCAACGUUGUAUCUGUUGCGUUAUGGCGUCUGUGAGUGCACGACAGUGCCAUUGAGACCAUCUCCAUUUUGUAGUAGUCAAUUUUCAUAUUCUACUACUUCUAUGUUGGUAAACAAACUGAAAGGGUGCGUACUGCCCCCUGGAGGGUGUUGUCUGAACUGGUAUAAAGCCAAGGUUGGUGAUUUACUGCCCCCUGGAGGGUGUUGUCUGAACAGGUAUAAAGCCAAGGUUGGUGAUUUACUGCCCCCUGGAGGGUGUUGUCUGAACAGGUAUAAAGCCAAGGUUGGUGAUUUACUGCCCCCUGGAGGGUGUUGUCUGAACAGGUAUAAAGCCAAGGUUGGUGAUUUACUGCCCCCUGGAGGGUGUUGUCUGAACAGGUAUAAAGCCAAGGUUGGUGCUUUACUGCCCCCUGGAGGGUGUUGUCUGAACAGGUAUAAAGCCAAGGUUGGUGAUUUACCCAGUUGACUACUUCAAAAUGGUGAAAGUCCUCAUUGGAAUGCCCGUGCUAAAUGGUGAAAGUCCUCAUUGGAAUGCCCGCGCUAAAUGGUGAAAGUCCUCAUUGGAAUGCCCGCGCUAAAUGGUGAAAGUCCUCAUUGGAAUGCCCGCGCUAAAUGGUGAAAGUCCUCAUUGGAAUGCCCGCGCUAAAUGGUGAAAGUCCUCAUUGGAAUGCCCGCGCUAAAUGGUGAAAGUCCUCAUUGGAAUGCCCGCGCUAAAUGGUGAAAGUCCUCAUUGGAAUGCCCGUGCUAAAUGGUGAAAAUCCUCAUUGGAAUGCCCGCGCUAAAAUGGGCUUUUGUGCACUAGAGUCCUCUAUACAUGUUUAUGGCACACACACAAUUAAAUACAGACGCAAAGUACAUUCCAUAAAUACAAUGGCCAGUGGUUGGAUGGUGAAUUAACAGGUUGUGUGUGUGUGUGUGUGUGUGUGUGUGUGUGUCAGGUGAAUGGUAGUGAUGUGGUGAAGGUGGGUCACAGACAGGUGGUGUCGUUGAUCCGUCAGGGAGGAAGCCAGCUGCUGAUGAAGGUGGUUUCAGUCACACGCAAACCUGAGUCGGACUUAGUCCGUAAGAAAGGUACGGGACAAAGUGUGUGUUUCUGUGUGGAUUUCAGUGAUAAAGGUGAUUGGAUGGAUUUUUGUCAUGCUGUGAGUGAUUUGAUUGGCUGACAUCCCCCAACAGCACCUCCCCCGCCUAAGAGAGCACCCAGCACGUCGCUCACACUGCGCUCCAAAUCCAUGACUGCUGAACUGGAAGAGAUAGGUAGGAGAGAGACACACACACACACACCACACACCACACACACACACACACACACACACACACACACACACACACACAACACACACAACACACACACACACACACACACACACACACACACACACACACACACACACACACACACACACACACACACACACACACACACACACACACACACACACACACACACACACACACACACACACACACAACACACACACACCACCACACACACCCACACACACACACACCACACACACACACACACACACACACACCACACACACCACACACACACACACACACACACCACGACACACACACACACACACACACCACACACACACACACACACCACACCACACACACACACACCACACACACACACACACACAACCACACACACACACACACAACACACACACACAGCACACACACACACAACACACCACACACACACCCACACACACACACCACACACAACCACACACACACCACACACCACACACACACCCACACACGACACACACACACACACACACACACACACACACACACACACACACACACACAACACACACCACACACACCACACACACACACACACACACACACACACCACACACACACACACACACACACACACACACACACACACACACACACACACACACACACACACACACACACACACACACCACACACACACACACACACACACACACACACACACACACACCACACACACACACACACACACACACACACACACACACACACACACACACACACACACACACACACACACACACACACACACACACACACAACACACACACACACACAACACACACACACACCCACACACACACACACACACACACACACACACACACACACACACACACACACACACACACACACACACACACACACACACACACACACACACACACACCACACACACACACACACACACACCACACACACACACACACACCACACACACACACACACACACACACACACACACACACACACACACACACACACACACACACCACACACACACACACACACACACACACACACCACACACACACACACACACACACACACACACAGUGUGAGUAACCUGAUCUGUACUUUCUCCUGUAAGCCUCUGCCAGGAGGAGACGAGGGGGUGAGUGUGUGUUGGAAUUGUAUCAUGUGAUCUGUUGUUGUGCUGCAUAUGAUACAGUGAGGGAAAAAAGUAUUUGAUCCCCUGCUGAUUUUGUACGUUUGCCCACUGACAAAGACAUGAUCAGGCUAUCCAGGCUCUGUCGUAGCCGGCCGCGACCGGGAGACCCAUGGGGCGGCGCACAAUUGUGUCGUCCAGGGUAGGGGAGGGAAUGGCUGGCAGGGAUGUAGCUCAGUUGGUAGAGCAUGGCGUUUGCAACGCCAGGGUUGUGGGUUCGUUUCCCACGGGGGGCCAGCAUGAAAAAGAAACAAAAUAAUGUAUGCACUCACUAACUGUAAGUCGCUCUGGAUAAGAGCGUCUGCUAAAUGACUAAAAUGUAAAAAUGUUGUCACCUUCUCACCAAGCUGCUUGGCGAUGGUCUUGUAGCCCAUUCCAGCCUUGUGUAGGUCUACAAUCUUGUCCCUGACAUCCUUGGAGAGCUCUUUGGUCUUGGCCAUGGUGGAGAGUUUGGAAUCUGAUUGAUUGAUUGCUUCUGUGGACAGGUGUCUUUUAUACAGGUAACAAGCUGAGAUUAGGAGCACUCCCUUUAAGAGUGUCUCAGCUCGUUACCUGUAUAAAAGACACCUGGGAGACAGAAACCUUUCUGAUUCUGAUCUACUUAUUUCCCUCAUCUUUGACAUGCGUUUUUCUGGAUGUUGUUGUUAUUCUGUCUCUCACUGUUCAAAUAAACCCACCAUUAAAAUGAUAGACAGAUAAUUUCUUUGUCAGUGAGCAAACGUACAAAAUCAGCAGGGGAUCAAAUACUUUUUCCCCUCACUGUAUUUAAUAAGAUCCACUUUUUAAUAAGGUUGUGUAGUGUUGUUGAGUUCUGUGUUGGGUAGUACUGUGUUGUAGUGCUAUGUAGUACUGUGUUGUAGUGCUAUGUAGUAUUGUGCUGGGUAGUACUGUGUAGUACUGUGUUGUAGUGCUAUGUAGUACUUUGUUGUAGUGCUAUGUAGUACUGUGUUGUAGUGCUAUGUAGUACUGUGUUGUAGUGCUAUGUAGUACUAUGUAGUACUGUGUUGUAGUGCUAUGUAGCACUGUGUUGUAGUGCUAUGUAGUACUGUGUUGUAGUGCUAUGUAGUACUGUGUUGUAGUGCUAUGUAGUACUGUGUUGUAGUGCUAUGUAGCACUGUGUUGUAGUGCUAUGUAGUACUGUGUUGUAGUGCUAUGUAGUACUGUGUUGUACUGUUAUGUUGUACUGUGUUGUAGCACUGUGUUGUAGUGCUAUGUAGCACUGUGUUGUAGUGCUAUGUAGUACUGUGUUGUACUGUGUUGUAGUGCUAUGUAGCACUGUGUUGUAGUGCUAUGUAGUACUGUGUUGUAGUACUGUGUUGUAGUACUGUGUAGCACUGUGUUGUAGUGCUAUGUAGUACUGUGUUGUAGUGCUAUGUAGUAUUGUGUUGGGUAGUGCUAUGUAGUACUGUGUUGUAGUGCUAUGUUGUAGUACUGUGUAGCACUGUGUUGUACAUUUACAUUUACAUUUUAGUCAUUUAGCAGACACUCUUAUCCAGAGCGACUUACAGUUAGUGAGUGCAUAAUUUUUUUAAUUAAUAUAUUUUCAUACUGGUCCCCCGUGGGAAACGAACCACAACCCUGGCGUUGCAAACGCCAUGCUCUACAACUGAGUACACGGGAUCGUGUGUACUGUGUUGUAGAGCAGUGUAGUGCAUACUGUGUUAUGUGCUAUGUAGUACUGUGCUGUAGCGCUCUGUUGUACUGUGUAGUACUGUGUAGCUUGUACUGUGUAGUGCUGUGUAGCGCUCUGUUGUACUGUGUUGUCUGUGUAGUGCUAGUGUUUUUGUGUAGUGCUGUUGUACUGUGUGUGUAGCGCUCUGUUGUACUGUGUAGUGCUGUGUAGCGCUCUGUGUUUGUAUCUGUGUUAUGUGCUGUUGUAGCGCUCUGUUGCUUUGUACUGUGUAGUGAUGCUGUUGUAGCGCUCUGUUGUACUGUGUAGUGCUGUGUAGCGCUCUGUGUUGUACUGUGUGUGACUAUGUAGUCGUGUGUAGCGCUCUGUUGUACUGUGUAGUGCUGUGUAGCGCUCUGUUGUACUGUGUAGUGCUGUGUAGCGCUCUGUUGUACUGUGUAGUGCUGUGUAGCGCUCUGUUGUACUGUAGUGUGGAGCGCUUGUUGUACUGUGUCUGUAGUGCUGUGUAGCGCUCUGUUGUACUGUGUAGUGCUGUGUAGCGUUGUUGUACUGUGUAGUGCUGUGUAGCGCUCUGUUGUACUGUGUAGUGCUGUGUAGCGCUCUGUUGUACGUGUUGUUGUAGUGUGUGUAGCGCUCUGUUUGUACUGUGUAGUACUGUGCUGUAUUUGGUUGAGCGCUCUGUUGUACUGUGUAGUGCUGUGUAGCGCUCUGUUGUACUGUGUAGUGCUGUGUAGCGCUCUGUUGUACUGUGGUGUUGUAGCUGUGUACUGUAGUGCUGUGUAGCGCUCUGUUGUACUGUGUAGUGCUGUGUAGCGCUCUGUUGUACUGUGUAGUGCUAUGUGUGUUGUAGCGCUCUGUUGUACUGUGUAGUGCUGUGUAGCGCUCUGUUGUACUGUGUAGUGCUGUGUAGCGCUCUGUUGUACUGUGUAGUGCUGUGUAGCGCUCUGUUGUACUGUGUAGUGCUGUGUAGCGCUCUGUUGUACUGUGUAGUGCUGUGUAGCGCUCUGUUGUACUGUGUAGUGCUGUGUAGCGCUCUGUUGUACGUGUAGUGCUGGUAGCGCUCUGUUGUACUGUGUAGUGCUGUGUAGCGCUCUGUGUUGUACUGUGUAGUGCUGUGUAGGCUGUUGUAGCGCUCUGUUGUACUGUGUAGUGCUGUGUAGCGCUGUGUUGUACUGUGUAGUGCUGUGUAGCGCUGUGUUGUACUGUGUAGUGCUGUGUAGCGCUGUGUUGUACUGUGUAGUGCUGUGUAGUGCUGUGUAGCGCUCUGUUGUACUGUGUUGUACUGUGUAGUGCUGUGUAGCGCUCUGUUGUACUGUGUAGUGCUGUGUAGCGCUCUGUUGUACUGUGUAGCGCUCUGUUGUACUGUGUAGUGCUGUGUAGCGCUCUGUUGUACUGUGUAGUGCUGUGUAGCGCUCUGUUGUACUGUGUAGUGCUGUGUAGCGCUCUGUUGUACUGUGUAGUGCUGUGUAGCGCUCUGUUGUACUGUGUAGUGCUAUGUAGUGCUGUGUAGCGCUCUGUUGUACUGUGUAGUGCUGUGUAGCGCUCUGUUGUACUGUGUAGUGCUGUGUAGCGCUCUGUUGUACUGUGUAGUGCUGUGUAGCGCUCUGUUGUACUGUGUAGUACUGUGUUGUACUGUGUAGUGCUGUGUAGCGCUCUGUUGUACUGUGUAGUACUGUGUUGUACUGUGUAGUGCUGUGUAGCGCUCUGUUGUACUGUGUAGUGCUGUGUAGCGCUCUGUUGUACUGUGUAGUGCUGUGUAGCGCUCUGUUGUACUGUGUAGUGCUGUGUAGCGCUCUGUUGUACUGUGUAGUGCUGUGUAGCGCUCUGUUGUACUGUGUAGUGCUGUGUAGCGCUCUGUUGUACUGUGUAGUGCUCUGUAGCGCUCUGUUGUACUGUGUAGUGCUAUGUAGUGCUGUGUAGCGCUCUGUUGUACUGUGUAGUGCUGUGUAGCGCUCUGUUGUACUGUGUAGUGCUGUGUAGCGCUCUGUUGUACUGUGUAGUGCUGUGUAGCGCUCUGUUGUACUGUGUAGUGCUGUGUAGCGCUCUGUUGUACUGUGUAGUGCUGUGUAGCGCUCUGUUGUACUGUGUAGUGCUGUGUAGCGCUCUGUUGUACUGUGUAGUGCUGUGUAGCGCUCUGUUGUACUGUGUAGUGCUAUGUAGUGCUGUGUAGCGCUCUGUUGUACUGUGUAGUGCUGUGUAGUGCUGUGUAGCGCUCUGUUGUACUGUGUAGUGCUGUGUAGCGCUGUGUUGUACUGUGUAGUGCUGUGUAGCGCUCUGUUGUACUGUGUAGUGCUGUGUAGUGCUGUGUAGCGCUCUGUUGUACUGUGUUGUACUGUGUAGUGCUGUGUAGCGCUCUGUUGUACUGUGUAGUGCUGUGUAGCGCUCUGUUGUACUGUGUAGCGCUCUGUUGUACUGUGUAGUGCUGUGUAGUGCUGUGUAGUGCUCUGUAGCGCUCUGUUGUACUGUGUAGUGCUGUGUAGCGCUCUGUUGUACUGUGUAGUGCUGUGUAGCGCUCUGUUGUACUGUGUAGUGCUGUGUAGCGCUCUGUUGUACUGUGUAGUGCUGUGUAGCGCUCUGUUGUACUGUGUAGUGCUGUGUAGCGCUCUGUUGUACUGUGUAGUGCUAUGUAGCGCUCUGUUGUACUGUGUAGUGCUGUGUAGCGCUCUGUUGUACUGUGUAGUGCUGUGUAGCGCUCUGUUGUACUGUGUAGUGCUGUGUAGUGCUGUGUAGUGCUGUGUAGUGCUGUGUAGCGCUCUGUUGUACUGUGUAGUGCUGUGUAGCGCUGUGUUGUACUGUGUAGUGCUGUGUAGCGCUCUGUUGUACUGUGUAGUGGUGUGUAGUGCUGUGUAGCGCUCUGUUGUACUGUGUUGUACUGUGUAGUGCUGUGUAGCGCUCUGUUGUACUGUGUAGUGCUGUGUAGCGCUCUGUUGUACUGUGUAGUGCUCUGUAGCGCUCUGUUGUACUGUGUAGCGCUCUGUUGUACUGUGUAGUGCUGUGUAGUGCUGUGUAGUGCUAUGUAGUGCUGUGUAGUGCUCUGUAGCGCUCUGUUGUACUGUGUAGUGCUGUGUAGCGCUCUGUUGUACUGUGUAGUGCUGUGUAGCGCUCUGUUGUACUGUGUAGUGCUGUGUAGCGCUCUGUUGUACUGUGUAGUGCUGUGUAGCGCUCUGUUGUACUGUGUAGUACUGGGUUGUACUGUGUAGUGCUGUGUAGCGCUCUACUGUGUACUUUGUUGCAUUUCAGAAAAGCUUGAGGAGAUGCUGACUGGCUCCCAGGAGGUGGUGAUGAGAAAACGCCCCUCGGAGGCGGACUACAGAACGGCCACCGUGAAGCAGCGGCCAACCAGCAGACGAAUUACUCAGCAAGAGAUCAAUGUAAGUCUGAUGAGUCACGAUUCACUACCCAUUCACUCAAUCACGAUUCAUUACUGAUUCACUUAGUCAUGAUUCACUACUGGUUCAGUCAGUCACAAUUCACUCUGUCACGAUUCACUACUGAUUCACUCUGUUCCGAUUCACUACUGAUUCACCUCAGUCAUGAUUUACUACUGAUUCACUCAAUCAUGAUUUACUACUGAUUCACUCAGUCACGAGAUACUACUGAUUCACUCAGUUACAAUUCACUACUGAUUCACUCAGUCAUGAUUUACUACUGAUUCACUCAGUCACGAUUUACUAUUGAUUCACUUAGUCACGUUUCACUACUGAUUCAGACAGGUUCUGUCUCUUUAAAACGCAUGUGAUCCCGGGCAUACUCUCACUGUGUGUGUGUGUGUGUGUGUGUGUGUGUGUGUGUGGUGUGUGUGUGUGUGUGUGUGUGUGUGUGUGUGUGUGUGUGUGUGUGGUGUGUGUCUGUGUGUGUGUGUGUGUGGUGUGUGUCUGUGUGUGUGUCAGUCUUUGUUUGAGCGGCAGGGCAUGCCUGUUCCUCCAGGUGUUUCCCUGGGUCUGGAGAAAGCCACCAUGCAGCUGCCCCGAGGAAUGUCCCGGACCAAGUCCUUCGGUGAGACAAUUACAUUACUCUAACACAAUACUAGCAAUUACCAUAAUCCAGUGGCGAACCAUGGCUAUUGGACCUAGGCGUUCAAUGGGGGAAAAAAGUAUUCCAACACGUUGUCCCAAACUCUAAAAUCCAGGAAAAACAAACAUAGCAUCACUGAAUGAAUCCAACUGGAUGAAACAGGCCUGAGAAGCAGAUGGCCUGACCGUUAAAAACGACAGAGAAGCAGAAGGCCUGACCGAUAAGCCGACAGAGAAGCAGACCACCUGACUGAUAAGCCGACAGAAAAGCAGACCACCUGACCGAUAAGCAGACAGAGAAGCAGACAGCCUGACCGAUAAGCCGACAGAGAAGCAGACUGAUAAGCCGACAGAGAAGCAGACACUCCAUGUAGGAGACUUUUUGUAAAACACAUAGGGCCAAUAGAAAGACAAGUCACACACAGCAUGAUGUUAAAGUAUAAGCAGCCCAUUCACUCAGACAUAAUAACUCCCUACCAAUCAGAAGAAUACAAUACAAUGUUUUUUUCAAAGAGAUAGCUAACAACCGCAAGCAAGCUGCAAUAAAAAACCCAGUUCCACUCACCAGAUGAUGAUCAUCUAAAACUUAGCUGUCAGAUGUUUUGUACUGUUUUGCUAUGGCUCAUCAAUCUAGCAAGAAAGCAAUAUUUUGAAUUAUCUAGUAGUGUUCCCCCCCUCAGAAAGCUAUGGCCUUAGUCAAAAUGUGUGAAAUUUGUGAACAUCAAAAUCAACAAGGGGAGAUGUGCUGUGAAAAGGUCACGUUUUCUUGGUUCUACUGAUGUUCUUUGUGUCUAUCUCUGACGUAAAAAUAGUUUUGGACUUCCACACAAAAUUAGUUAUUUACUUAUUUUAGAUUUAAGGAAGUGUGUAGGUCGCAUUCUAACCCUAACCCAUUCUAACCCUAACCCAUUUUAACCCUAACUCAUUCUAACCCUAACCCAUUCUAACCCUAACUCAUUCUAACCCUAACCCAUUCUAACCCUAACCCAUUCUAACCCUAACCCAUUCUAACCCUAACCCAUUCUAACCCUAACCCUAACUCAUUCUAACCCUAACCCAUUCUAACCCUAACCCUAACUCAUUCUAACCCUAACCCAUUCUAACCAUACCCCAUUAUUAAUCUUGAAAAGUAAAUAUUUUAUAUUUAGAACCGCCUGCUCGAUGGGAAUCCAGCAAUGUCGGUGUCAGGAGCGAGUCAACCAGAAGAGCAGCUUUUCCAAGGACCGCCCCUUUGAACCCAAAAUGGGUUGUAAUGACGCACCCGACCAAUGGAUGGCACCAGAGACACGUUUAUUUGACAGAGAAGCCUCUGAGGGACCUAGAAUCAGGCUGGAUGUUUGAAAAGGUCCUGAGGAAGACAAUAUUUGCCUUCUUCGGCGCUCACAAUUUUUUAAAAAUACGAUGGCACAGGACUGGGUGCAAACCCAAGCGACUCGGAGCCGGAGUGCGCUGCUUAGACCACUGUGACGCGACAGUUCACAAUGCUCUAGCAAGCUGUGAGAACGCUAUGAAUACUGAUGAUACCUAGCAGGUGGUUUUGUGUUAUUUAGUUUGAAGCUUUCCCCAAACCAUAGCCCUAACCUUAACCACUCAGAAUGAAUGUCUAAACUGGGAACGUUUGAAUUGUUUCUGUUUUAACUCUGGAACCACACAAAAUGAAUGCGUAAAAAAUAUGUUGAAUUUCUAAGGGAAACUAUGAGAUCAUGUUGCCAAAAACUGUCUGUUUUUUUGUGUUCUGACGGUGGGGAAAUGACUUAUUUUAUUAAUGUAAACAUAUUAUCAGUAAUUACCAGUAAAUCUAGUGCCCAAAUCAGGCACUGUAGUCUUAAGAGGUUUUAACUUCUUGUUGAAAGUUCAUCUUGAAAAGGGCAAAGCUGGUAAAUUAGUAACAACAUUGUCUUCGAUAACACCUGCUGCAGCUGCUGCACACUAGCCUACAACCAAAGCCAGCUAGUUAGACCCUGGGAAAGCCAGCUAGUUAGACCCUGGGAAAGCCAGCUAGUUAGACCCUGGGAAAGCCAGCUAGUUAGACCCUGGGAAAGCCAGCUAGUUAGACCCUGGGAAAGCCAGCUAGUUAGACCCUGGGAAAGCCAGCUAGUUAGACCGUGGGAAAACCAGCUAGUUAGACCCUGGGAAAACCAGCUAGUUAGACCGUGGGAAAAACAGCUAGUUAGACCGUGGGAAAACCAGCUAGUUAGACCCUGGGAAAACCAGCUAGUUAGACCCUGGGAAAACUCAUGUUUGCUAUUGCGCAGUGACCUGUCGGCCUUCAAGAAGGUGGAAGUUUCCAUAUACGUUUUAAUAAAAAGGUCCCACCCAUUACAAGUCAAAAUGUGAUUGGUUGAUUCCACAGUCACUCCAAAAUUCUGCCCUAAUAUAGUUGAAAGGCAGAUGCCUUCUAUAUAACUCAUGAGGGCCUAACCAAUGGCUGACUUAGCUAGCUAGAUUUUCCUUCCCAGAGACCACCCCAAAAAGUCCUGAUUGGAUUUUUUUUUUUCUCUUCAGCGUUAACCUUUUCCUUUUAAAGAAUAUCAUUGAAAAGAAUAAUAUAAUUAUAAUCAUUGAAAUCCCCCGACCUCAACCCAAUUAAGAUGGUUUGGGAUGAGUCGGACGGCAGAGUGAAGGAAAAGCAGCCAACAAGUGCUCAGCAUAUGUGGGAAAUCCUUCAAGACUGUUGGAAAAGCAUUCCAGGUGAAGCUGGUUGAGAGAAUGCCAAGAGUGUCCAAAGCUGUCAUCAAGGGCAAAGGGUGGCUAUUUGAAGAAUCUUAAAUAUUAAAUAUAUUUUGAUUUGUUUAACACUUUUUCGGUUACUACAUGAUUCCAUAUGUGUUAUUUCAUAGUUUUGAUGUCUUCACUAUUAUUCUACAAUGUAGAAAAUAGUAAAAAUAAAGAAAAACCCUUGAAUGAGUAGAUGUGUCCUUCCUCUUGACUGGUACUGUAUGUGUCCAACUCUUGACUGGUACUGUAUGUGUCCAACUCUUGACUGGUACUGUAUGUGUCCAACUCUUGACUGGUACUGUAUGUGUCCAACUCUUGACUGGUACUGUAUGUGUCCAACUCUUGACUGGUACUGUAUGUGUCCAAAACCCCAAAAUAUUUCCUGAGCUUUCUUAUAUCUCGUAGAUAAAAGGGAAAGGAUACUUAGUCAGUUGCACAACCGAAUGCAUUCAACCGAAAUGUGUCUUCUGCAUUUAACCCAGCCCCUUAAUUGACAUCCGCAUCCAUGGGCAGAAUGGCAGAUUUUUCCAACUUGCCAGCUCGGGGAUUCAAACCAGCGACCUUUCGGUUACUGGCUCAAUGCUCUUAACCUCUAGGACACUUCAAAACCUUAUUUAUUAUGAUAACCCUAACCCUAACCCUAACCCUAACCCCCCCCCCCCCCCAAGUCUUAGACUUGUUAUAUUAAGGUUAUAAUAUCCCAGUCUCUCCCAUGCAGGUGCACCAGAGGACGACAGGAUCUCUGCUCUGAUUGGAGAGCAUCGGUUUCCACGGAGCUCCUCGAUGACUGAUAGCUUCAUACCUCCUCCUCCCCAGACUGCCCCCCCUCCUCCCCCCUCCCACUACUUCCUGGACUCUGGCCCGCCGCCGGCCUUCUGCCCCCCACCUCCCCCGCAGCGAGCAGCCGAUCAAUCACACUCCAGCUUCAAGCCGGGGGCAGAACCCAGGCUGCACGACGUCUGUGAUUCGCCAACGUCUCGGAGCCAUGCAGAGCGGCAGAGGAAAGCUCGCUCAAUGAUCAUCCUGCAGGACUCACCUGUACCAGGCCAUCUACCUGCAGAGCCUGCCCCCGUGGCCCCCCUAGCCCGACCUCCUGCUGGGGCUACAGCCCCCCUGUCCCGGCCCAGCCCUGCUGCCUCCCCCAGCCCCCUCUCCAGAACCAGCCCUGCCCCCAGCCCCAGCCCCCUCUCCAGAACCAGCCCUGCCCCCAGCCCCAGCCCCCUCUCCAGAACCAGCCCUGCCCCCAGCCCUAACCCUCCAGGGGAGCGCAGCGGCAACAGGAGGCGUGGCCGGCCAGUAGAGAACCCAUAUGCCAACGUGGGCCAACUGCCUGCCCCCCCCAGCAAGCCUCAGCGCCGCAAGUCUCCGCUGCUCAAACAGCUGCAGGUGGAGGAGGGGCCCAGCAGGGCGGAGCUAUAUCAGCAGCAGGUCCUCACUGAGCGUGCUCAGAUACGGGUCAUGCCCCCUCAGGUCCGUCGGUCCUCCUUCUUCCUGUCUGUGGAGGGAGGGGCUUCAGAGCCCCCCCCCAUCCUACUGACCCAGUCCCACUCUGUAGAUGACCUGGGGGAGCUGCCCCCCCCCAUCCCCGUCCUCUCCCCCUCCUCCUCCCCCCACUCCACUUUUCUCCACCCACUGACAGGCAAGCCUCUGGACCCCUCCUCCCCCCUCGCCCUGGCCCUCGCCGCCCGUGAACGAGCUCUCACUGCACGCACACCCAGCCCUGAACCUCGGCCCAAACACACACACACACCUAGUCCCGAAGCCAGACCCAAACACACACACUCACCUAGCCCUGAGCCCAGGCCCAAACGCACCCCUCCUCCCUUGACCAGCCCUGAGCCCCGACACAAACGUAUCACCCCACCCAUAUUCCUUGAAGGACAGCUGGAGCGGCCAGUCGUAGAGCGGCCAGAGACAGAAGGCGGAGUCACAUCUCCUGCUGUGCCCUCCCCCGAGCGUUGGCAGGCUAUGCCCCUCCCUCCCAUCAGUCAGGUGACCAUCAAUAUAACCAAUGACAGCCAGCCGGCAGGACGGGGUCUGGGGGAAGAGCUGAUUGAGGCGCUGCAUGGACAAUUACAAAGGAGGAGGAGUCUGACUGUUGGCAGCUCAGAGGAGGAGGGCGGACCUUAUACGGUGACCCAGGGCCAAUCAGAGAGGAGGAAGAGUCUGGAGGGCGGGCCUUACACGGUGACUCUGCCCCCUGCACUGCUGUCAUCCAGUGACGAGGAGACGAGGGAGGAGCUUCGUAAGAUUGGACUGGUGUCUCCUCCCCUGGCGUUUGCCACGCCCCCCUCCCCCACCCAGCCCCCCUCCUCCCUCAGCCUGUCACCACGGAGACCCCAGGCAGGCGAGGGCGAGGGCGGGGGAGGGGGGGGGUCAGCUCCAGACUCAGGGGUGGAGGAGGGAGACCCUCACAUAGAGAACACCUUAUCCCUUAGCAGCACCCUGGCCCCCAGCCUGUCCCCCACCCUGCCCUGCCCUGCCACGCCGAAAACCCUGCCCUCCUCCACCUCAGACCCCCAGAGCCUGAAGCCCAGGCUGCGUUCUCCCCUGGGCCGUGGUCGCUCUGCUCUCAGGGAUCCUCUACUGAAACAGUCUUCAGACAGCGAGCUGCUUCCAUCAGGCUGUGGACCUGGACGCCCACCUCCAUACCUCUUCCAGGUAACCCUGACCCUAACCCAGACCCACCCUGAUACCUCUUCCAGGUAACCCUGACCCACCCUGGUACCUCUUCCAGAUAACUGACCCCGACAUUUACGUUUUACAUUUUAGUUAUUUAGCAGACGCUCUUAUCCAGAGCGACUUACAGUUAGUGCAUUAAUCUUAAGAUAGCUAGGUGGGACAACCACAUAUCACAGUAGGAUUUCAGGUGCUUUCGGAUGAUGGGCAGGGACUCUGCUGUCCUAGCUUCAGGGGGAAGCUGGUUCCACCGUUGGGGUGCCAGGACAGAGCAUAGCUAGGACUGGGCUGAGUGGGAGCUGCCCUCCCCUAGGGGUGGGAGGGCCAAGAGACCAGAGGUGGCAGAACGGAGUGCUCUGGUUGGGGUGUAGGGUUUGAGCAUAGCCUGGAGAUAGGGCGGGGCAGUUCCUCUUGCUGCUCCGUAGGCAAGCAGCAUGGUCUUGCAGUGGAUGCGAGCUUCGACUGGAAGCCAGUGGAGUAUGCAGAGGAGCGGGGUGACAUGGGAGAACAUGUCACCCCGCUGCAGCAUUCUGGGAGAACAUGUUACCCCGCUGCAGCAUUCUGGGAGAACAUGUCACCCCGCUGCAGCAUUCUGGGAGAACAUGUCACCCCACUGCAUCAUUCUGGGUAAGUUGCAGGGGUUUGAUGGCACAAGCGGGGAGCCCAGCCAAAAGCGAAUUGCAGUAGUCCAGAUGGGAGAUGACAAAUGCCUGGAUUAGGACCUGUGCCGCUUCCUGUGUGAGGUAGGGUCGUACUCUACGCAUGUUGUAGAGCUUGAAUCUGCAGGAGUGAGUCACUGCUUUGAUGUUUGCAGAGAACGACAGGGUGUUGUCCAGGGUCACGCCAAGGUUCUUUGCACUCUGGGAGGGUGACACUGUGGCGUUGUCACCCGUGAUGGCGAGGUCUUUGAGCGGGAAGGCCUUCCCUGGGAGGAAUAGCAGCUCUGUCUUGUUGAGCUUGAGGUGGUGGACCGAAAUCCAAGCUGAAGAGGGAAGGAAAAAAGUAGUUGAGUGUCAUUCACAUAGCAAUGAUAGGAGAGACCAUGUGAGGUUCUGACGAAGCUGAGUGACUUGGUGUAUAGAGAGAAGAGGAGAGGGCAUAGAACCGUGUCCUGGGGGACACCAGUAGUGAGAGUACGUGGUGCAGACACAGAUCCUCUCCACGUCACCUGAUAGGAGCGGCCUGCCAGGUAGGAUGCAAUCCAAGAGUGUGCAGAGCCUGAGACGCCCAGCCCUGGGGUGGAGAGGAGGAUCUGAUGGUUCACGGUAUCGAAGGCAGCGACUAGAUCUAAGAGGAUGAGAACAGAGGAUAGAGAGUCAGCUUUGAUAGUGCGGAGAUCCUCCAAGACACAGAAAAGAACAGUCUCGGUUGAGUGACCCGUCUUGAAGCCUGACUGGUUAGGGUCAAGAUGAUCAUUCUGAGAGAGUUGAUCAGAGACAGCACGCUCAAGUGUUUUGGAAAGAAAAGAAAGAAGGGAUACAGGUCUAUCGUUUUUGACGUCAGAUGAGUCAAGUGUUUGUUUCUUUAGGAGGGGAGUGACUAGAGCCAUUUUUAAGUCAGAGGGGGGAAGGUGGUCAAGGAUGAGGGAAGUGAUGAAUGGGAGAAGGUCUCCAGAGAUGGUCUGGAGAAGGGAGGAAGGGAUGGGGUUGAACGGGCAGAUUGUCGGGCGGCCAGACGUCACUAGUCACAGGAUGUCAUCUGGAGAGAGAGGGGAGAAAGAGGUCAUGGCGUAGGGUAGUUCUGUGUGAGUGGGACCAGAGAACUCAAUAGGCUGAGUGAAUGAGGAACAGAUGUCGUCAACCUUCUUUCAAAGGGGUUGACAAAGUUGUCCGCAGAGAGGGAGGAGGGAGGGGGAGGGGUUAGAAGACUAAGGAGGGAGGAGAAGGUGGAAAAUAGUUUCCUAGGGCUAGAGGCAUAAGUUUGAAAUGUAGAAUGGUAGAAAAUGGCUUUAGCAGCAGAUACAGAGGAAAGGAAGGUAGAGAGGAGGGAGUGGAAGGAUGGCUUUAGCAGCAGAUACAGAGGAAGAGAAGGUAGAGAGGAGGGAGUGGAAGGAUGGCUUUAGCAGCAGAUACAGAGGAAGAGAAGGUAGAGAGGAGGGAGUGGAAGGAUGGCUUUAGCAGCAGAUACAGAGGAAGAGAAGGUAGAGAGGAGGGAGUGGAAUGAUGGCUUUAGCAGCAGAUAGAGGAAGAGAAGGUAGAGAGGAGGGAGUGGAAGGAUGGCUUUAGCAGCAGAUACAGAGGAAGAGAAGGUAGAGAGGAGGGAGUGGAAGGAUGGCUUUAGCAGCAGAUAGAGGAAGAGAAGGUAGAGAGGAGGGAGUGGAAGGAUGGCUUUAGCAGCAGAUACAGAGGAAGAGAAGGUAGAGAGGAGGGAGUGGAAGGAUGGCUUUAGCAGCAGAUACAGAGGAAAAGAAGGUAGAGAGGAGGGAGUGGAAGGAUGGCUUUAGCAGCAGAUACAGAGGAAGAGAAGGUAGAGAGGAGGGAGUGGAAGGAUGGCUUUAGCAGCAGAUACAGAGGAAGAGAAGGUAGAGAGGAGGGAGUGGAAGGAUGGCUUUAGCAGCAGAUACAGAGGAAGAGAAGGUAGAGAGGAGGGAGUGGAAGGAUGGCUUUAGCAGCAGAUACAGAGGAAGAGAAGGUAGAGAGGAGGGAGUGGAAGGAUGGCUUUAGCAGCAGAAACAGAGGAAGAGAAGGUAGAGAGGAGGGAGUGGAAGGCUGGCUUUAGCAGCAGAUACAGAGGAAGAGAAGGUAGAGAGGAGGGAGUGGAAGGAUGGCUUUAGCAGCAGAUACAGAGGAAGAGAAGGUAGAGAGGAGGGAGUGGAAGGAUGGCUUUAGCAGCAGAAACAGAGGAAGAGAAGGUAGAGAGGAGGGAGUGGAAGGAUGGCUUUAGCAGCAGAUACAGAGGAAGAGAAGGUAGAGAGGAGGGAGUGGAAGGAUGGCUUUAGCAGCAGAUACAGAGGAAGAGAAGGUAGAGAGGAGGGAGUGGAAGGAUGGCUUUAGCAGCAGAAACAGAGGAAGAGAAGGUAGAGAGGAGGGAGUGGAAGGAUGGCUUUAGCAGCAGAUACAGAGGAAGAGAAGGUAGAGAGGAGGGAGUGGAAGGAUGGCUUUAGCAGCAGAUACAGAGGAAGAGAAGGUAGAGAGGAGGGAGUGGAAGGAUGGCUUUAGCAGCAGAUACAGAGGAAGAGAAGGUAGAGAGGAGGGAGUGGAAGGAUGGCUUUAGCAGCAGAUACAGAGGAAGAGAAGGUAGAGAGGAGGGAGUGGAAGGAUGUUUAGUUUUCCUCCAUUUUCACUCCACUGCCUGCAGGCCUGUUCUGUACAUUCAGUCAGUCAGCCACGGAGCAGGAGGGGAGGGCCGAGCCAGCUUGAGGAAAGAGGAAAGUGUGAGUCAUAGCAUGUGGAAAGGGAGGAUAGUAGGGUCGAAGAGACAGAGUUAGGAGACAGGAUGGAGAAGGAUUUAGUAGAAGGGAGAGAUGAUAGGAUAGGAUAGGAUAGGAUAGAAGAGGAGAGAGUAGUGGGAGAGAGAGAGCGAAGAUUGCGACGUUGCAUGACCAUCUGGGUAGGGGGAAAGGGAGACAGAAAUGGAAACAAAGUAGUGAUCACAGCCUGUAGUAAAGAUGAGGUCAAUCGUAUUGCCUGCCUUGCGAGUUGGAGAGGAUUGGGAAAGGGUGAGGUCAAAAGUGGCAAGGAGGGAAAAGAGAGAGUUGGAAAAAAAUGAAUCGAAGGCAGACAUCAGGAGGUUAAAGUUGCCAAGUACGAAGAGCAGUGAGCCAUCAUCAGGAAAUGAGCUUAUCAAGGUGUCAAGCUAAUUGAGGAACUCUCCAAGGGCACCUGGUGGGCAAUACAUGAAAUUAAUGUUAAGCUUGAGUGGACAAGAGACAUUGACAGCAUGGAAUUCAAAUGAGGAGAUGGACAGGUGAGAGAGGGAGAAAAGAGAAUCUCCAGUUAGGAGAAACGAGUAGCCCUGUGCCACUAUGGUGACGACCAGACCCUGAUACCUCUCUUCCAGGUAAUACUGACCCACCCUGAUACCCCUUCCAGGUAACCCUGAACCACCCUGAUACCUCUUCCAAGUAACCCGAACCCACCUCGAUACCUCUUCCAGGUAACCCUGACCCUAACCUUUCUGGCUCUUGUGCCAGAAAGCCUGUUUUAAUAUGUGCCGCGGCAUUGAGGGCUUCCACCAUUUUUAAGUAUUUUUAUUUUGUAUUUAUUAAGGAUCCCCAGUAGAGGCAGCAGCUACUCUUCCUGGGGUCCAGCAACAUUAUGGCAGUUAUAUACAAUAAAAAAUAUUACAUGACAUUACAUUUCAUAACACUUUUCACAACACAUUAUUAAGUGUGUGCUCUUAGGCCACUACUCUACUACCACAUAUCUACAAUACAAAAUCGUGGUAGUAGAGGUCUGUGUAUAUUUGUAAACAACAGCUGGUGCACAAAAUCAAAUACUAAGGAAGUCUCGAGGUUUUGCUCGCCUGAGGUAGAGUAUCUUAUGAUAAGCUGUAGACCACACUAUUUACCAAGAGAGUUUUCAUCUAUAUUUUUCAUAGCUGUCUAUUUACCACCACAAACCAAUGCUGGCAUUAAGAUUGCACUGAAUGAGUUGUACAAGGCCAUUAAUCAACAGGAAAACGCUCAUCCAGAUGCAGCGCUCCUAGUAGCCGGGGACUUUAAUGCAGGGAAACUUAAAUCCGUUCUACCUAAUUUCUACCAGCAUGUUAAAUGUGCAACCAGAGGGAAAAAAACUCUAGACCACCUUUACUCCACACACAGAGACGCAUACAAAGCUCUCCCUCGCCCUCCAUUUGGCAAAUCUGACCAUAACUCUAUCCUCCUGAUUCCUGCUUAUAAGCAAAAACUGAAGCAGGAAGCACCAGUGAUUCGGUUAAUAAAAAAGUGGUCAGAUGACGCAGAUGCUAAGCUACAGGACUGUUUUGCUAGCACAGACUGGAACAUGUUCCGGGAUUCUUCAGACAGCAUUGAGGAGUACACCACAUCAGUCACUGGCUUCAUCAAUAAGUGCAUCGAUGAUGUCGUCCCCACAGUGACCGUACGUACAUACCCCAACCAGAAACCAUGGAUUACAGGAAACAUCCGCACUGAGCUAAAGGGUAGAGCUGCCGCUUUCAAGGAACGGGACUCUAACCCGGACGCUUAUAAGAAAUCCCGCUAUGACCUCCGACGAACCAUCAAACAGGCAAAGAGUCAAUACAGGUCUAAGAUUGAAUCAUACUACACUGGCUCUGACGCUCGUCGGAUGUGGCAGGGCUUGAAAACUAUUACAGACUACAAAGGGAAGCACAGCCGCGAGCUGCCCAGUGACACAAGCCUACCAGACGAGCUAAACCACUUCUAUGCUCGCUUCGAGGCAAGCAACACUGAAGCAUGCAUGAGAGCACCAGCUGUUCCGGACGACUAUGUGAUCACGCUCUCCGUAGCCGAUGUGAGUAAGACUUUUAAGCAGGUCAACAUUCACAAGGCCGCAGGGCCAGACGGAUUACCAGGACGUGUACUCCGAGCAUGUGCUGACCAACUGGCAAGUGUCUUCACUGACAUUUUCAACAUGUCCCUGACUGAGUCUGUAAUACCAACAUGUUUCAAGCAGACCACCAUAGUCCCCGUGCCCAAGAACUCUAAGAUAACCUGCCUAAAUGACUACCGACCCGUAGCACUGACGUCUGUAGCCAUGAAGUGCUUUGAAAGACUGGUCAUGGCUCACAUCAACAGCAUAAUCCCAGAAACCCUAGACCCACUCCAAUUUGCAUACCGCCCCAACAGAUCCACAAAUGAUGCAAUCUCUAUCGCACUCCACACUGCCCUUUCCCACCUGGACAAGAGGAACACCUACGUGAGAAUGCUAUUCAUUGACUACAGCUCAGCAUUCAACACCAUAGUGCCCUCUAAGCUCAUCACUAAGCUAAGGAUCCUGGGACUAAACACCUCCCUCUGCAACUGGAUCCUGGACUUCCUGACGGGCCGCCCCCAGGUGGUAAGGGUAGGUAACAACACAUCUGCCACACUGAUCCUCAACACGGGGGCCCCUCAGGGGUGCGUGCUCAGUCCCCUCCUGUACUCUCUGUUCACCCAUGACUGCAUGGCCAGGCACGACUCCAACACCAUCAUUAAGUUUGCCGACGACACAACAGUGGUAGGCCUGAUCACCGACAACGAUGAGACAGCCUAUAGGGAGGAGGUCAGAGAUCUGGCCGUGUGGUGCCAGGACAACAACCUCUCCCUCAACGUGACCAAGACAAAGGAGAUGAUUGUGGACUACAGGAAAAAAAAGAGGACUGAGCACGCCCCCAUUCUCAUCGACGGGGCUGUAGUGGAACAGGUUGAGAGCUUCAAGUUCCUUGGUGUCCACAUCACCAACGAACUAUCAUGGUCCAAACACACCAAGACAGUCGUGAAGAGGGCACGACAAAGCCUAUUCUCCCUCAGGAGACUAAAAAGAUUUGGCAUGGGUCCUCAGAUCCUCAAAAAAUUCUACAGCUGCACCAUCGAGAGCAUCCUGACUGGUUGCAUCACCGCCUGGUAUGGCAACUGCUUGGCCUCUGACCGCAAGGCACUACAGAGGGUAGUGCGUACGGCCCAGUACAUCACUGGGGCAAAGCUCCCUGCCAUCCAGGACCUCUAUACCAGGCGGUGUCAGAGGAAGGCCCUCAAAAUUGUCAAAGACUCCAGCCACCCUAGUCAUAGACUGUUCUCUCUGCUACCGCACGGCAAGCGGUACCGGAGUGCCAAGUCUAGGUCCAAAAGACUUCUCAACAGCUUCUACCCCCAAGCCAUAAGACUCCUGAACAGCUAAUCAUGGCUACCCGGACUAUUUGCACUGCCCCCCCCACCCCAUCCUUUUUACGCUGCUGCUACUCUGUUAAGUAAGUAUUUAUGCAUAGUCACUUUAACUCUACCCACAUGUACAUAUUACCUCAACUACCUCAACUAGCCGGUGCCCCCGCACAUUGACUCUGCAACGGUACCCCCCUGUAUAUAUAGCCUCCCUACUGUCACUUUAUUUUACUGUAUAUAUAGCCUCCCUACUGUCACUUUAUUUUACUUCUGCUCUUUUUUUCUCAACACUUUUUUUGUUGUUGUUUUAUUCUUACUUUUUUGUUUAAAAUAAAUGCACUGUUGGUUAAGGGCUGUAAGUAAGCAUUUCACUGUAAUGUCUGCACCUGUUGUAUUCGGCGCAUGUGACCAAUAAAAUUUGAUUUGAUUUGAUUUGAUUUGAAAUCCAUGUGUACAGUGGGGGAAAAAAGUAUUUAGUCAGCCACCAAUUGUGCAUGUUCUCCCACUUAAAAAGAUGAGAGAGGCCUGUAAUUUUCAUCAUAGGUACACACCAACUAUGACAGACAAAUUGAGGGAAAAAAAUCCAGAAAAUCACAUUGUAGGAUUUUUAAUGAAUUUAUUUGCAAAUUAUGGUGGAAAAUAAGUAUUUGGUCACCUACAAACAAGCAAGAUUUCUGACUCUCACAGACCUGUAACUUCUUCUUUAAGAGGCUCCUCUGUCCUCCACUCGUUACCUGUAUUAAUGGCACCUGUUUGAACUUGUUAUCAGUAUAAAAUACACCUGUCCACAACCUCAAACAGUCACACUCCAAACUCCACUAUGGCCAAGACCAAAGAGCUGUCAAAGGACACCAGAAACAAAAUUGUAGACCUGCACCAGGCUGGGAAGACUGAAUCUGCAAUAGGUAAGCAGCUUGGUUUGAAGAAAUCAACUGUGGGAGCAAUUAUUAGGAAAUUGAAGACAUACAAGACCACUGAUAAUCUCCCUCGAUCUGGGGCUCCACGCAAGAUCUCACCCCGUGGGGUCAAAGUGAUCACAAGAACGGUGAGCAAAAAUCCCAGAACCACACGGGGGGACCUAGUGAAUUACCUGCAGAGAGCUGGGACCAAAGUAACAAAGCCUACCAUCAGUAACACACUAUGCCGCCAGGGACUCAAAUCCUGCAGUGCCAGACGUGUCCCCCUGCUUAAGCCAGUACAUGUCCAGGCCCGUCUGAAGUUUGCUAGAGUGCAUUUGGAUGAUCCAGAAGAGGAUUGGGAGAAUGUCAUAUGGUCAGAUGAAACCAAAAUAGAACCUUUUGGUGAAAACUCAACUCGUCGUGUUUGGAGGACAAAGAAUGCUGAGUUGCAUCCAAAGAACACCAUACCUACUGUGAAGCAUGGGGGUGGAAACAUCAUGCUUUGGGGCUGUUUUUCUGCAAAGGGACGACUGAUCCGUGUAAAGGAAAGAAUGAAUGGGGCCAUGUAUCGUGAGAUUUUGAGUGAAAACCUCCUUCCAUCAGCAAGGGCAUUGAAGAUGAAACGUGGCUGGGUCUUUCAGCAUGACAAUGAUCCCAAACACACCGCCCGGGCAACGAAGGAUUGGCUUCGUAAGAAGCAUUUCAAGGUCCUGGAGUGGCCUAGCCAGUCUCCAGAUCUCAACCCCAUAGAAAAUCUUUGGAGUGAGUUGAAAGUCUGUGUUGCCCAGCGACAGCCCCAAAACAUCACUGCUCUAAAGGAGAUCUGUAUGGAGGAAUGGGCCAAAAUACCAGCAAUAGUAUGUGAAAAUCUUGUGAAGACUUAGUGAAAACUUUUGACCUGUGUCAUUGCCAACAAAGGGUAUAUAACAAAGUAUUGAGAAACUUUUGUUAUUGACCAAAUACUUAUUUUCCACCAUAAUUUGCAAAUACAUUCAUUAAAAAUCCUACAAUGUGAUUUUCUGGAUUUUGUUUUCUCAUUUUGUCUGUCAUAGUUGACGUGUACCUAUGAUGAAAAUUACAGGCCUCUCUCAUCUUUUUAAUAAUAAUAAUAAUAAUAUGCCAUUUAGCAGACGCUUUUAUCCAAAGCGACUUACAGUCAUGCGUGCAUACAUUUGUUUUUGUGUAUGGGUGGUCCCGGGGAUCGAACCCACUACCUUGGCGUUACAAGCGCCGUGCUCUACCAGCUGAGCUACAGAGAACCACUUUUUAAGUGGGAGAACUUGCACAAUUGGUGGCUGACUAAAUACUUUUUUCCCCCACUGUACAUAGACACGCUGGCUCUACUCAAAGCCAGUGAGUGGCAUGUCAUUAGUAAAGAUUUUAAAAAGUAAGGGGCCUAGACAGCUGUCCUGGGGAAUUCCUGAUUCUACCUGGAUUAUGUUGGAGAGGCUUCCAUUAAAGAACACCCUCUGUGUUCUGUUAGACAGAUUUAUCCACAAUAUAGCAGGGGGUGUAAAGCCAGAACACAUUAGUUUUUCCAGCAGCAGACUGUAAUUGAUAAUGUCAAAAGCUGCACUGAAGUCUAACAAAACAGCUCCCACAAUCUUUUUAUCAUCAAUUUCUCUCAGCCAAUCAUCAGUCAUGUGUGAAAGUGCCAUGCAUGUUGAUUGUCCUUCCCUAUAAGCUUGCUAAAAGUCUGUUGUCAAUUUGUUUACUGUAAAAUAGCAUUGUAUCUGGUCAAACACAUUUUGUUCCCAAAGUUUACCACGGGUUGGUGACAGGCUGAUUAGUUGGCUAUUUGAGCCAGUAAAGGGGGCUUUACUAUUCUUGGGUAGUGGAAUGACACUUGCCUACCUCCAGGCCUGAGGGCACGCUUUCUUGUAGGCUUAGAUUGAGGAGUGGCAAUAUUGUCCUCUAUUAUCCUCAGUAAUUUCCCAUCCAAGUUGUCAGACCCAGGUGGCUUGUCAUUGUUGAUAGACAACAACAAAAAAUGUCACCUCUUCCACGCUCACUUUACCGAAUUCAAAAUUACAAUGCUUGUCUUUCAUAAUUUGGUCAGAAAUACUUGGAUGUGUAGUGUUUGCGUUUGUGGCAGGCAUGUCAUGCCUACGUUUGCUAAUCUUGCCAAUGAAAAAAUCAUUAAAGCAGUUGGCAAUAUCAGUGGGUUUUGUGAUGAAUGAGCCAUCUAAUUAAUGAAUGAAGGAGCCGAGUUUGCCUUUUUGCACAACAUUUAAUUUAAGUUGCUCCAAAGCUUUUUACUAACAUUAUUUGUCAUUUAUCUUUGUUUCAUAGUAUAGUUUCUUCUUCUUUUAAUUCAGUUUAGUCACAUGAUUUCUCAAUUCGCAGUACGUUUGCCAAUCGGUUGUGCUGCCAGACUUAUUUGCCAUUCCUUUUGCCUCAUCCCUCUCAACCAUACAUUUUUUCAGUUCCUCAUCAAUCCAUGGGGAUUUAAGUUUUUACAGUCAUUUUCUUAAUGGGUGCAUGCUUAUUAGUAACUUGAAUAAGCUAUUUCAUAAAUGUGUCAAGUGCAGCGUCUGGUUGCUCCUCAUUACACACCACAGACCAGUGAAUAUUAUUUACAUCAACAACAUAGGAAUCACUACAAAACGUAUUGUAUGACCUCUUAUAAACUAUAUUAGGCCCAGCCUUUGGAACUUUGGUUUCCCUAGAUAUGGCUACUGUAUUGUGAUCACUACAUCCAAUGGAUCUGGAUACUGCUUUCAAGCACAUUUCUGCAGCAUUAGUAAAGAUGUGAUCAAAACAUGUUGAUGAUUUCAUUCCUGUUCAGGUUGUAAAUACCCUGGUAGGUUGACUGAUAAUCUGAACCAGGUUGCAGGCACUGGUUACAGUUUGAACCUUUUUCUUGAGUGGGCAGCUUGAGGAAAGCCAGUCAAUAUUUAGGUCACCCAGAAAAUAUACAGCUCUAUUGAUAUCACAUACAUUAUCAAGCAUUUCACACGUUAUCCAGAUACUGACUGUUAGCACUUGGUGGUCUAUAGCAGCUUCCCACCAGAAUGGGCUUUAGGUGAGGCAGGUGAACCUGUAGCCAUAUUACUUCAACAGUAUUUAACAAGAGAUCCUCUCUAAGCUUUACAGGAAUUUGGCUCUGAAUGUAGACUGCAACACUGCCCCCAUUGGCAUUUCCUUCUUUUCUGUAGAUGUUAUAACCAUGUAUUGCUACCACUGUAUCAUCAGAGGUAUUAUCUAAGUGAGUUUCAGAGAUAGUUAGAAUAUUAAUGUAAUCUGUUACUAGCAAGUUAUUGAUUUCAUGAACCUUGUUUCUUAGGCUACAUAUGUUAAUGUGGCUAUUUCUACCACUUUUCUGGGAUGCUUGAUUGAUUUUAUUGCUUUUCUGGGAAGCUUAUCAGAAGUAGACAUUCUCAUGUUAUUUAUGUUGGAGCUGAUAGUGCAGGGUGAGCUGCACACAGUGGACUUCCUACUAGGGCACACGUCCUCAGUGCUAACAGUAUAACUCUGGUUAAUAGUCAUAUGAUUACUGCAUACAAUAGCUGUAGGAUCAGCAGAGGCAUUCAGGGCAGUUAGAGGGACAUCAAUUAGGUUACUUACAUUGUGUCUUCCAACGCCCCAGGGAUAAUGUACAUUUGCUGCAGUAUUAUGACAACUCAGCGACACUAUGGUAGGGAUUAUCUGAGCUGGGCUUGGGUCAUUGAUAAGUCAUUGUCUCAAUGCAGCUUUGAAAUGCGUGUACAGAGUCCAGGAGCCAAGAUGGUUUGGAUGGACUCUGUCAUUCCUGUGGAGCAUCUUCUGUUUCCAGAAGGUGUCAAAGUUAUCUAUGAAAGUUAUUACAACAGAGCUACAGUAAUAUUUUAGCCAGGUGUGUAAUGCCAGUAGCCUGCUGAAUCUUUCACACCCACGGCCCAACAAUGGUAGUCAACUGGGUGGGGCUAUGGAUUAAGGAUGGAUCACAGAAUUCCAUCUAAGUCAGCAGGAGGUGGGUCAGCCAAUGAAUUAACUGAUGAGAAACAUUCCAUAACCUGCAGGUGGCAGUAAAAUCACCAACCUUGGCUUUAAUACGUAACCUGUUCAGACAACACCCUCCAGUGGCAGUAAAUCACCAACCUUGGCUUUAUACCUGUUCAGACAACACCCUCCAGGUGGCAUUAAAUCACCAACCUUGUGCUUUAUACCUGUUCGACAACCCCAGGUGGCAGUAAAUCACCAACCUUGGCUUUAUACCUUUCAGACAAACACCCUCCAGGGGGCAGUAAAAUCACCAACCUUGGCUUUAUACCUGUUUCAGAACCAACACCCUCCAGGGGGCAGUAAAUCAACCAAACCUUGGCUUUAAUACCUGUUCAGACAACACCCCGGGCAGUAAUCCCCAAACCUUGGCUUUAUCCUGUCAACAAACCCUCCAGGUGGCAGUAAUCCCAACCUUGUGCUUUAACCUGUUCAGCACACACCCUCCAGGGGCAAAAAUCACCAACCUUGGCUUUAUUACCGUUCAACAACACCCUCCAGGGGGCAGUAAAUCCCCAAACCCUUUGGCUUUAUACCUGUUUCAACAAACACCCUCCGGGUGGCGUAAUCACAACCUUGGCUUUAUCCUGUUUCAGAUUACAACACACCUCCGCACAGUGGGUGGUAUGCAACUGUUUCAGUUUGUUUAUGAACUCCAAACUCUCCUAGAAGGAAAGAAAUUGACUCCCCUUGAAAUGGAGGAGCCCUCAAAGGCGCUGCCCAUGCUGUCACGAAGGCCAGUGUUGGUGGAGAUGGGCACAGUGGCCCUUAUUCCUAACCCAUUUCCUACUAUAUUAUCCAGUAGCAUACUCCUUUAAUAUGUGCACUGCACUAUACAAAUGGCCCCUUUUCACUGUUCAUAGAUUUCAGUCACAUGACUUUGAUCUUUCUUUCCAGUUGUUGUUGGUAUUUGUUAUUAUUGGUUUGUUGAUUGUUGUGUGUUACAGAGGAGAUCCAAACUUUGGGGGGAGGUGUCUGAGCCUCGGCCCAGGCAGAGUAGCCCUGAGGAGGGCAGACUGACUGCCGUGGGUGGUGGUGGGCUGGAGCUGGCCUCACGUCUCCAGUUACUGAGUAAAGACUCCCACUCACUGGGGGAGGAGCCUGCAGCAAUGGACCCUGGACGCAGGUCCCCUGUUGGCGGAGCA